AUGGACUACUCGUACCUGAACCAAGCCAACUUCGACGGUCUGACCGGCACCUCGGCCGCAUCGAACAUGGACCACGCGGCCAUGGGAUACGGCGACCUGGCCGCGUGCGGUCAGAUGACCCACGCCGCUUACCGGUUCGGUCCCACCGCGUCCAUGGCCGCCCGGUCGUAUAACACGGCCAUGGGCCACCACUUGUCGGCGGCCGCAGCCGCCGCGGCCGCCGUAUCCGGGAACGGCCACAACGGAUCCACCGCCACGUCCGUGGCCGCGGCCGCCCGCGGACACCAUCACGGCCAUCACCAGGACCAUCACCCCGGACGGCCGACCAUGUUUUCGACGGCGAUGAACUUGCCGGGUAAGUUCAGAAAAUCGCUCGUAACUUACUUGUACCGACCGUUUUUUUUAUAUUUGUUUUACAAAAAUACACCGGCUAAAAAUGUUGAAUUUCGAAAAAACCAAUCGAAAUUAAACUAAAUUUAUAUUUUGAAUUCAAAAUAUCAUAAUUCAAACGUUUCGGGUUGUACUAUACCUACGAUGGCGGUAAUAUUUAGAGAGUAGGGUUGUUAUUUAUUGUUUACCGUCCGUACUCCUUAGAUAAUAAAAACAUCAGGAUUUAUUUAAUAUAAACUCCUAUAACACAUCAAGUGUACAUAAAUGUAUUUUUUAUCUAAACAUUGAUACCUAUAUUAUAUUUUUUCCUAUUACACGACAUUUUAAAUUAUUGAUAAAUUCACAAUUUAUAAAUUCUCUAAGAUUAUCUGCGUUCCAUAAUAUAUUAUAUAUUUGUAACGUAGUCGCAUAAGACAUGGGAUAUUUUUAGAACAUUUAAUGUCUGUUGCAGUUAACCGUUCUCCCACAAAAAUAUUUAUACCGAAAAUUCAUCAUUAUUUCAAAACGUGUAUUAUAUAUUCUUAUUCAACGCAAAAUCCUAAUUAAUUUAUGUUAAAAUUUAAAAACUAAAUCUACCGAUUUCGUCCUAUUAAAUUUUUAAUUACAUUAAUAUAAUAUGAUAAAAAAAUUUGUAUAAUUUGUGUUGUUAAACUAACAUAAGUUACCGCUAAUUUUAGAUUCUUUGAGUGAUAUUAUAUUGGUUUUACUUCAUUGGUACAAAUAGGGUGGGGAAGUCUGGGGAGUUAAGCCCCUCCAUAUCACUAAGUCCUUAUAAAGUGAAUAUUAUGUAUACACAAUCAAUAUUAUGGGGAUAUGAGCUCCAAAAAUAUUUGAAUAAAUGUGCUUACACUUAUGCUUUUACUGUGUGUUAUUUAUUUGUUGUCUACUAGUAAUUUUCGGAUUUUGCCUCGAUCAUCAAGUGUACAAUUUUUUCCAAUUGCAAAUGUUACCUAGUUAGGGUAUUGGAGAGUGUUAAUUUUUCUUGUAAUUUUCUUAAUAAAUGGGGAAAAUGCAGGGAAAAUAUAAAUUAUAACAUUUCCUAUUAUUUUGGGUAUUGCUUUUUUUUGUUGUAAGUUGGUUAGACAUAAAUGUAAAGACUAAAUAUUUUUAAAAUAUUUCGACUAUUUUUUAGCAAUUAGUAGCUAUUUGACAAAACGUCAUACUGUUUUGACUUUGCAAAAUUACUUGAAAAUUUAACAAAAGGUUAAUCAUAAAUUGUACAUAGUGGUAAAAAUAAAAAAGCCGAGCAUCAUGUUAUUAUGUCUGAGCUCUGAGUAUGGCGAAUAAUGUAUUUGUUUAAUUGUGGCGUGUAGUACUUUUUAUGUCUAAUGUGUACAAUUUUUCUUUCAAAAAUCUUACUUUAUUUUAAAAGUGAUCAGCGACCUUUUUUAUAACAGUUUUUUUUUUGAAUCUAAUUGACGCUUUAAGAUGCAAUUUUUUUAUUUUUCAAGUGGUUUUCAUGUUAAUCGGGAAAAGCCAGGAAAAUUGUAUAAACAAAACUGAUUGAUUUAUGACACUAAAGUUUCAUUUUUUUCAAAUUUUUAUGUUUUAUUUUUCUACUACAAAUCUUCCUACGAAUUUCAAAAGUAUCAUUUUUUCCGAAAGAAAUUUUUAUCUCGUUAAUGUGUAAGCAAUCCGUUUUUCGAUUUCAUUUGUAAUUUUCUUAAUAACUGCAAAACCGACAUAGAACGUUUGAGAAUUGGGAAAGUUUACGGAAUUAUAGAUUUCAUUAUUUUCGAUAUUUUUUUUUUGUUAAUUAAUUAAAAAUAAUCGUAAAGAUAAACGAUUUGUUCAGAAAAUUUAUGUUAAUAUUUUCUAGGUGUGAUUUUAAAACAACGUGGUAAUUUUUGAUCUUUAAGGUGUUUGAUAUUUUCGUACUUUUUUUUUAGUUUUUAUUGGAUUUUAUGGGGAUAAAACUAUUCGGCUGAACGGAUAUGUGCGAAAAUUUAACUUAAAGCUUAUUAUUUUUUAUGUACAAUACGUAUAUAGUUGUAUUUAGUGGUAAAAAAAAUUGAGCCUAAUGAAGUUGUUUAUUUAUAAUCGUUUUAAAUUUAAAUUUUUAUAAAAACCAUAAAAAUUACGAAAUUUCAAAACACGUCUAACCAAAUUUCGGUCAGAAUCGUUUUUCAUUAGCAAUGAUUUAUCCUCGUGUAUAGAUAUAUAUUUUCACUUACCACAGUUGCAGCUCCAGUAUCAGAUUUGGUUUAUAAUUAUGCGAUUUAUAAAACUAUGCUAAUUGAAUUAAGAAUAAAUAGGCUAAACUAAAAACUGUAUUACUGAAUAUUAAUGUUUUUAACUAUUGGAAAAAAAAAAAAAAUUUAUACAAAUUAUAGAUUAUGAUCAAGUAGUGAUGUACAUGUAAACAUUAUAAUUGAUUAAUAGAUUCAUACGUACAUAUUUUCGUAUAGAAUUCGAUAGAUUAGAUAAAUAAAUACAUAUUAUAUAUUAUGUAGAUUUUUAAGUCUAUAAAUACAAUUUUCGAUGUAUAUAAAACCUUAAAAUAAUAUUUAUGUAGAUACAAACUACGAAUUGCAAUUGAUUUCUAAUUGAGUUAGUCUAAUCUAACUUAACAUUUUGUCAAUAUUAUAUUCGCAUAAAUUAUUAUUACAUUUCGUUUUACCUUGAAUUCAAAUUCAAAUUUUUGACAAAAAUAUUAUCGAAAUUAUUAUUUUAAGCAUUGAGUUUACAUUAUAAAGGUUUCAUAUUUACUCAAUCCUCUUAUUUUGUUUCAGUCAAAAAUAUUUUGUACUUACAAUACAUUGCGAUUAAAUUUAAAAGAAUUAUAAUAUUAUAACUCUACGUAAUAAUGAAAAUACAAUUUUAUAUAAGUAGGUAGUUUAGUUUAGAAAAUCAUAAAAAACUAAAAUGCAAAGGACAGUGUAUUGCUUUUGGUUACAGUAAAAUUUCCGAUAUCGGUCACCUCUAAAAAAUCGUCACCCCUAUAUGUAUCGGUCAUUUUUCUUGGUCCCGUCAAGUUGUAUGCUUUUGUAGGACACCUAUAAAUGUCCUAUAGGCCACCUCUAAAUAGCGGUCCUUUCGAUGACCGUUAUAUGGAAGUUUGGAAGUUUUACUUUGCUAGCUAAAAUUGUAAUACACAUAAUAUUAUAGUAUGGUUUACGUUUUUAAGUUUCGACUAAUAUUGCGUAUACUAUGUUGUACACAAAUGUAUUAUAUUUUCUUAAAAUUAAUUCAGGCGAGAGGUUAAGGUUUUAUUGUGCGGUCGUACAGGAUAAUAUUUUAGUUCAAAUUUAAUAUUUAAAUGUCCUUUAAAUUUUACGUUCGUAGUUUUUUUUCCCUUAAUGUUUGUUAGAAUCGGUACAUAAUAUUUCAUAUCACUUUAUUCGCUCGACUUCUUUUUAUGUACACUAUUAUACAUGAAGUUUUUACUUUUUAUUAUUUGGUUUUUUUUUUUUUAUUUCAAUGCACAACAUGAAGGACCUAUUUUUUUUUUUUUUAGCUUUGAUUUAUAUGAACAAUAUAUUAAAAAAAUGUGUUUAAAAAAUAUAUUUAAUAUAAAUAUGUAUAAUGCCGCAUUACGAUAAAUAUAUUAUGUUCUAUGAAAAAUUAUUACAGUCUUGUACGACCAUAAUAUUAAAAAAAAAACACACCGCGAGUUGCAGAUCCCUCCGUCACAUGAGUCGAAGUCUUCCCUACAUAUUUUGUAUUAUAGAAAUAUUCUUUAUAAAACAAAAAAUAAAAAAAUGCUACAAUAAUUCUAUAACUAUACUAUUUUUGAAAAAAUUGUGAAAUCUGAGCGUAAAAAUUGUUGGAUUAGAUGUUGUAAGUUGAAAUUCCAUCUACUGCAUAUUCUUGACAUAACUCUCCAAUCUCGUCGUAUGAGUCUUGAAUAAACAAAAUGUCAUCUUUUUGAUUUAAUUUUCGAGGAGGGGCCCUGUAAGGGUGUUAAGAGCUUAAAAAACGUCUCAUUCUUGCAACAACACGGUGAAAUUCAUAUCGAAAUUCAAUCCGAAUUUUAUGACUUCAAUUCUAUAUUAUAAAUAACUCUUAUUCCUGAGAUUAAGGUCUCCUGUAAAAGCCGCGGAAAGUAUCCGAAUGUGGCGAGAAAAAUAUAAAAAAUACAUUAUAAUAUAUUGAUGUAUAACACAGGACAACAGUCUCUUAAUCUUAUAAAAAAUUUGAUAAUUAUGAACGUUUUAAGUCGAAAAUGUAUUUAUAUAUACAUAUAUAUUUUUUUUAAUUUAUUAUGUAUUAUUUAAUUGAUAAUAAUACGACUUUCGAAAAUCAUAAUUAGGUAAUUGGAUUUUAUUUGAUCACGGUAUCAAAAAUAUACGAUGAAUAAUGAUUAACACGAAAUAACAUUAUUAUAAACAUGCAAUGCGGAUGUAUAAUAUUUUAGAUUUAUAGUACAAAUAACGUCGGAGUUAAUAAUUUUUUGACCAUCAUAAAAAGUUAAUAGUUACUUUUCGUAUAUACGAGUAUAUAAUAUGUGCUGUAAUGUAUACGUAUAUAAUAUAAGGUUUCUCUAGGGAAAUAGUUCUGACAGAAUACAUAAGUUGUGAUGUAUUUCAGUUGAGGGAAGUUUUGACAAGGGGUCGGACAUCGUGAUAGACAAGUGUGAAGACAAACGACCGGCCCGAAAAGGGGGAACUAUGAGAAAUUGGCUGGUUAAGUACGUAUGACAGCCUAUACAAAUAGAUUUUUUUUCCUCCCUGAAAAAUAUCCUUUUCUCAUUUUUAUAAAACCGCACGAAUAUUAUUCGUAUAUAUACGGUGUAGCAGACGACGUAUUUUUAAUACAUAAAACACGAACUCGCAUUACCUGAAUUAUAUUUUCCGGGAAGGCUUUUAUUUCACACUGCCAUAACAAAAUAUAAUAUGAUAACUUAGUACCCGUACGUUUGUAUAUUUACGUAUGUAUCUGAAAUUCGAUAAUAAUAUUCGAUAAACAAUAUUAAAUUAAAAAUAAUUAUCCGACGGUUUGCGCGAAUACAAACGAGUAUUAUUCAUUUAAACCCUUUUCAAGUGCGGUGUUUAACAAUAUACGUGUACGGUAUGAUAAUUUAUAGACGUGUUUAAGGACAAAUCUGGAACUUGGGUCAAAAAGGGCGUAUCUCAAUAAUUAUCAUCGUGCGAUUCGAGAAGACCAAUGUUAUUGGAAAAAAUUACAGUUGCAAUGUCGAAAAGGUCCGAAAACGUGUUUUAUUCUUAAUUCCCCAAAAUUAAUAAAAAAAAAAAAUAAUAAUAAUUUGCCGAAAUAUUGUAUUCAGCUCUAUACAAUUGAUUGUUCACAAAAUGACUUUUUUAUGUCUGUGGUAUAUUUUUACUUGCCUGAAAAAUCCAAACAAAUCUACAUUUACAUAACAUGAUUAUUAUUAUUUCUUCAGAAGUUAAGUGAAAAACUAAUUUUAUUUUAUAGUAGUUUGGAGUUAGUUAGUAAAAAAAUUGUUUUUCCAAUUCAAUUGAAAAAAUUUUAAUUUUUACUUUUUCCGAGUUCUACAAUUUUUUUUUAUAACGUUAUAUUAUUUAAGAAAAUUAAACGAUAUGACAAUAGUAAAUAAUAAACGGCAAUAUUGUCCAAAAAAAGUCGUGCGGAAUCGUGUUCCCUAUAAGAUAAAACGUACGGAAUCGCACUUUACCGUUUUGACCCAAGCACCAGAAAAAGGUGUAUCGGUUGUCACGGAAUAAAGAUUUGUUUUACGUCUCGUCGGCAAAAAAACGGUGUAAAACCCGAAAAAAGUAUACGCAAAAAACCGAACGUGCCUCAUAGAAUUAUUAUAGGCUUAUAAAAAUUGUCGCUAGAACAAUAAUAAUUAUAAAUUGCAUUUUUAAACGUUAAAAGCAACGAUUACUUUUACGGUAAUUAAUUCGUCGUUUGCGGUACACCGACAAAAAGGUCUCUAAUAUUAUAUUAAAACGAUAUAAUAACCGGGACAUUUACACAAUGAUCGUCGCGCGUUACAAGUGACGUUAUAAAUAAUUUAAUGUUUUGCGGCGAAGUUAGAAACGCGCGCGACGUUAUUACCGAAACGAGAAAAUAACCCAAUUAAACAACGUGCCCGUUGCCUUUAUUACUGCUUGCUUUUUUUUUUUAAAUUUUUUUUUCGUUUAUGAAUACGAUAAGAGAAUAUAUUUUUCUUGUUUUUUAUACCGUUUCCCGAUCAAACUGCUAUAGAAAUUAUUACGCGCAAUUACUACACAACAGCACGGUUCCAAAAACGGUAUACCGAUUUAUAAUUUUUUAUUGCGAUAAUCGUUUUCGUUGAUUUAUUUAAUAGCCAAGUCGCACACGUAAAACACAUCGGUUUAAUAUUGUUCGCUUUUGUAACAGUUUUUCACUCUUGUAAUAUUUGCGCGUAUUUUUCCAUUGUUUUUUUUUCUAUAGAAACGUGUUUAACAUAAUUAUUAUUUAAAUCGGUUAUCGAUGGGAGGACCAUAGUGUUAAUUUUUUAUUCACGUUUCCCAUAGCAGUAUUUAUAGCCGAACAUCGCGACUGAGUUUGAUCUGAAAUAGGGCACCGCGGCCUUUACGAAUGAAAACUUAAACAGCCAGACACACGUACUUCGCGUCGUGGGUAAGCCGUUGAUUUGGGCGGGAAGGUUGGUAGGUAAAAUAUAAUGUUUACAUUGAUGUGGUCUAAUUUAUAUUACUGUAGCAAACAAAAAACGAUUAUGAUUGGAGCUAAAAUAGAUUUUAAAUUAAUAUUGUAUGAAAUAAAUAUAAAUUUGUAAAUGUUUUCUUUCUUAUCGGUGGAAUGGCAAAUCACCAUGGGAAAUCAGAAAUCGACCGCAAAAAAAAAAAAAAUAAAAAAAAUAUCAUACACUAUAGUCGGUGUCCUUGUAUUUUUUUGGUUUUUACGUUUUUUAGAUAUACUUCAGGGAAUCUAUAUAAACGCUUGAAAUAAAAUACCACUGGACGGUGUGCAUACAGAAAUUUUGGUGCAUUUUUUAAACACGUUUUAGUGAAGCUACACUAUUCGUUCCUCUCAGAAUCUAAAACAAUUAACUUAUAGAAACUUAAUUUAUGUACCCGACAGCAAACAUUGAUAAUUUACCGAGUGUUGUUCUACAGUGUUGUCCUUAUGUUAACAGCUCUAUCAAUAUAUUUUUUUUUUCAAUCGGGUUUUGUGCGACGGAGACACAUGUGUCAGACAUGUAGAGACAAAUUAAAUAUGUAUUUUCAUUCCCUAAUUACUGAAAAAAUAACUUUUUAUUUUUCCUACUUUUUGAAAAUAUAAGUUAAGGAGUUACCGUGCUGAUUGUGAUUUCUUAUCUUUUUUACGCCAACUUCUGUAAAUUAAAACGGCUAUUACUAAGGAACUAUUGAUCGGAUAUGAAUAUAAUAUGUUACAUGAAAAAUUGUAGAAUCCUAUUCAUAAUCCAUUAACGGAUUCACUACGUAGAUUUACAUUGCAUCUCUUUUAAUGUAGUCCCUCUUCAUUUAACCCAUGGUCUUCCCAGAAACCUUUUCCCAAAAAAAGAAUAAUUUUUUUCGUUUUUUUUUUUUUAUCGUCGAGCCAUAGUAUUUGUUUCCACCGAGCGCGUCUCUCUCCCCUCUGCAAUUGUCGUUUUCUUAUCUCCUUUACUAUAUUAUACGGCCGUUGAAAAAUGUUUAUGAUCUCGUAUGAUAUACGCAGUACGUAGAGUAAAAAAAAAAAAAAAGGUUUGUGAUCGAAUUUUUUUUGAACGAGCGACAUUUUAUGACUCAGAGACUGACUGCGAUGGCCGUUAACGUAUAUACGGCAAUAUUCCGUUCCGAAAACACGUUCGUAAAAUGUAACGUGUAAAAAAAAUAAAAAAACUCCGCUACGUGUGUUUCGUUGGUUUUAUUCGGGUCUGCGUGCGAUAAUAUCCCGAGUCCAUAAUAUAUUUAUACAGCCAUCAUACACGGUGAUUAUUAUUAUUGUUACGGAUCGGAGAUUUUUCCGAAAAGAUUUUGAAUACACGUUCGAUUUUGGUGUUUUUUUUUUGUCCAAACUACCCCAUAGCGUAACGGUACUGUAUAAAAAUCACGCACUGCGCGUACGCAAGGGGUGUUUUGGGUUAGGUUCUACCACCCAAAGUGAGUGAUAGUACCUACCCCCACCCCGAAAUGGUUUAUAUUUUUGGGGAGGGGGGUUAUUCGGCCAUUAUAAGACCAUCUUAUCUCACAAUCAAUUCUCCAAUCAUUCCUAUCCACUGUCAGAUCCUUCCACGUCCUUCCUAACUGUAUCCUCCCAUUCCAAUUUUGGUCUUUCUAAAGGUCUUUUCCCUAGUAUUUUCUCUCUAGCACCAGGCAUUGUUUUCAUCUGAUUUCCUUAUUGUUCAGGUGUACAAUAAUACAGGUUGUAUCAAGAUGGUAUACAAACGUUUCUUUAUCUUUCCUGAAAUUAUCAGUGUAACCUGACCCGACCAAACCUUUGGUAUGUUUAUUAAAAAAAUUAGUUCUGGUUUUCAAUAACCGGUUUUAAAAAAAAAAACACCCCUCAAAAGGUUUUUCCUCUUGAGUCCUCGACGCAGCGUAACAUCACGUUGUUGUUUCGCGUGUGGUUUUUCGUGUUCGCGAACAUCCGAAAACAGCCGCCUAGUCGCAUUAUAUUAUCGCCGCCAGCGGAAUUCGGAAAUCCGCGGGCGUGCGGUUGUCGCGACGGGGCGGGUACGACGCGUAAUCGCGAGUGUUACUGUCGUGCGUUUCGGAAAUACAAUUUUCUGACCCCCCCACCCCCACCCCCUCCUUUCCGAAACGUCAACCCCGCUUUCUCCGCACGCCGGAGGCACCUGAAUCGAGUUUUCCACUUUAUUCGUUGCCCAACCCCCGCUCGCCGAUAAUGAGGGUAGUGCAAUGUAAUAAAGAAAGAUCGUAAAAAAUGGCGAUGCGUCUAUUAAAAAAAAAAAAAAAAACACCGUCACCCCUGCAGCGCCCGGCGAGCGCAUCUCUCGGUUAAUGGGAUUAAAAACUAGCGCGCGACAGUAUAAACAACGUUGUACAUAUUAUUUACAUCGCCGUCGCCGUCGCCGUGUCACCUAUGGUGUAUAUUAUAUUGUAAACGCCUAUAAAUAUAUACAUAUUUACGUAUGUAUGUACAUAUAUGUAUGUAUGUAUGUAUGUACAUAUUUACGUAUGCAUGUAUGUAUUAUAAUGUACGCGUUAAGCGGCGAAAUGCGCGGGACGGGACGGGGGCGCGGGGCGGCGCAGUUGGCGUACCUCGCGAGGAGUCCGUUCGUCAUAGCGCGCGCGGGAUGGCACAGGGUCGACGGCGACCGGCCGCACGUCCGCCGAACUCGCGCGCGCGACGCACGUCCGCGUGUCUGCGUCGUGCGCGCCGCAGCGAGCGGCCGCGCGAACGUCGUGCGCGAAACAUCACCGCGUGCGCCGCGUAUCAUGCGAGAGGCGUACACGCACGCAUCGUGACACGUGCACGCGCACAUACACGAGCGUGAUCACGCGCGCGCGGGACGAACGCGACGGCCAUCGGCGUGCCCGUGUGUUAUACCGACCGCGGCCGCCCGGGGAAAUUCCGAUCAAUAUGGACCCGCGGAGAGAAGACCGGAGUGAAAAUGGCGGCGGCGGCGACGGCGGCGGUGGUAUUCGGAACACGAACCGUUUUUACCGGAGCUCGCGCCGCGCCUCCUCGCUCGCCUCGCGGCUUAUAUCGUGUACCACUUCCGGUGGUGCGCGCGGUUACCGCGAACGUCAUUUCCGCCCCGCGCGUGUACCACGUCGUACAAUAGUACGCGUGCACAUCACUAAUUAUACACACACACACACACAAGAGGGUCCACAGAACCCCCCCCCCCCCCCCCCCCCCCCCCNCCCCGCCGCCGCCCCCAAAUACCCAAUAAGCUGUUUAAUAGUAUAGACUAAAUGUUUUAUCCGUGUGUUUCGUAACUAACGAGCGAAACAAAACACAAAUUACCUAUUGACAAUGUAUCGUGCGUGUACGAAAAAUAAAGUUGAAAAGGUUUCGAUUCACUUGUAUAUAAAAAAAAUCGUAAAAAAACGCGUAUUCGCUUAUUGCGAGCAUCGUGUAAAGCGGAUUGUGCGGGUAUCGCCUCCGUGUUCAUAAUUUCAGCACCCCCAAGGUUGGCGGUCUAGUUGAGCCUAUGCACUCGCGCAGAAUGUAAUAUUUACAAUGCGCUUUCCCGAUCGUCUUUUACGUGAUUCAAUUCGAGUUUUAUUAAGACGCGUCCCCCUUGCCCUAUCCACCCAUCGGAAAACGUUUUUUACGAUCCGAAUUAUCGGAAUCGUGUAUCGUAAAAGACGUCCGAUUUUUCGCACAACGGUGUAAUGUUUGUUCGGAAACAACAGUGGCGUAAUUAGAUGGUCGCAAGGGGUCGAAAAAGUAAUAAUUUGCAACCCCUGAUAUUUCUGUACUUAUGGUUUUUCGUUAGAAAAAAAAAAAAAUUAAAAUAUAUAAGUAAUUAUUUAAUUGUUUAAUUAUGAAAAUAAACCUGUUCGAAAAUUAUAUAUUAUGAACAAUACUCCGUAAAUUGAAAUUGAAAUUGAUUACGAUUUACUAUCAUAAGAACUUAAAUAAAAACGAACAGAUUUUUAGAUUUAAACUUUUCUUUCGUCGGUUUUUACUUAUUCCAUAUUCGAUUUACUACUAUGUAUUAUAAUUUUUUUUUUUUUGUACAAGUUAUGGAAUGUUUUAGUUAUUAAGUAUUAAAAAGUAAAAAUAUAUACUUAAAGAAAAAUUGAAAUAACCAAUAAAUGCACGAGCCGUUACUAUAAAUACUUUAAAAUAGAGAACAACUACAGUGAGACAGUUACAAUAUUUUCUAAUUCUGAAUUCCGUAUUCCAUUUGUAAAAGAUUAUGCGAUAAGAAAAAUUAUUAAGAUUUAUAACGUGUUUUACAUUAACAAUAAAUAAUAAAUAGGAUCGUAUUAAAAAAAAAAACGUUAUUUGUUUAAAUAACGUUGGGGGUUUUUGCAUCCCGAGUAAUUUUUGUGACCCUCGAAAUUACGCCCGAAUUACGUUACCGGGAUACAGUCUCCGAAUUGCCGACAGUUUGCCCGUAGAAACGUUCGAUACGCCGCCGGUUUUAUUCGCGCCGAUUUAUGUGUUGCAGGCACGGAAAAAACGCCACUGAUAAUACCAAUAACACUGUGCAUACCUCGCUCACACUCUGGUUUAUUUUUUUAUUUUUUUUGAUCUCGCAACGAUUUAUCGUCAUAAACUAAAUCGUCUACCCUGUACAUCGCCUGUAGGUGGUGCUCCUCCGAAAUUCGUCGCGCGCUACUGCAGCAAUGGCGCACCCGCGGCGCGACGUACGUCUUAAUUUUUUACGGUCGCGCUAAGAGUUUCCGGUCUUGUUUUUUUAUUUCGUAUUUAUUUACGAAAAUGUAGCGCGCAUACACUUGUUUUUCGUUUCGGGGUUCGGGUUUUUUUUUUUUUUCUUUUUAUGUUCACCCGCCACUUCGUUUUAACCGCGCUCCGCGGCGUGCGUGUAGGCGUCGCCCACGCGGUUUGACGAUAAAUCAUUAAGAAACUCGCGGAGAAAACUUCCAGCGCGCGGAACGACGAGGAAAGAAUAUAAACACGCGUACAAGAUGAAAAAAAAAAAAAAAAAUCUACAUGUAUUAUAUUAUAUUUAUACACGUUUUUAGUAAAAAAAAAAAAAUAAAAAAAAAUAAAAAUAAAAACGAAAUAUUGCUAUAGUUUUUCAUUGUUAAUAUCAAAACGAAUUACCGUUUUGACGCGUCGAGAACGUAAUAUCCCCCGCGUCGAUUUAUUACAAUAAAUUAUAAUAUCCGCUGCACUCCGGUUAAUACAGCCGCUAAUCCAUACACGAUAUUAUGCAAUCAUACCGUAACGUUAAGUAAUUAUAUUCGCACACGCGUACCUAUAAUACAACAACAACAACAACAAAAGUUUGUAAUUUAUACGGACGCGUUUUUAGAUUUUUUCGUUAACAACAUAAUAACGAUUGUAAUACAAAUAAAAAUUGUACUACGCGUACAAAUAGGAAAACGAAUAAAUUAACGAAUGAAUGCGUGCGCCUGGAGUGUUGCGCGGAUAAGUGUAUUACACGGCCGGUCUCGAAUGAAAAAUUCACUAAUUCGGGUACGUCGCGGUCAAAAUGUAACACGCUCGACGGUAAUGCACUUAUCAUGUAUAAUACUCCGGGCGGCGUAUUCAUUCAUCCGUUUAUUUUUUAUUGCAUAUCUAUAUAUAUUAUUUAUUCACGGGUAUUAACCGUUUGUUAAUGAUUUUGUUUUAACUUUAUUAUUUCAUUGUACGUUACAAUAUUUUCGCGAUCAUUUACAUGUGGACACGUAGCACAUUGUCAAACGAUACAUUUAGCUUUUAUAGUGUGACGCGUAUGAAUGGACGGGUCCGGGGGCGGGGGAGGGGGAAGAACACGUAUAGUGACAAAUUUUAAACUUCGAAACGAUUACACGGAUUUCAAAGUUUACUAUUCCUGUUUCUGUAUUCUCUGUGUGCGUAUAUUUUACUGCAACCUAUAGGUUUUCCCGGGACCGUUCUUGUUUCGCCCCUUUGAAUAAUUAAUUGCCGUUCGUUAGUACUCGCCAGUCACCGAGACCGACACACGGUGCUAAACAAAAACGAAAACGGAAAAAUCAUUCCUGUUAAACAAGGUGUUCUGCGGUGUUAUCCUUAUGCUAAUAACUUUGUCAAUAUUCAUUUUUUUUUUUUUUCAAUUGGGUUUCGUUUCGCGCGAGGGCGACUCGUCAUUAUGUGUAGAGAAAAAUCGAAUUUUUAUUUUAAUCAUUUUACAAAACGGUUAUUUCGAAAAUUCGGUGAUAAAAUAAAACGUUAUUUAUUUCAAUAACUACGCGACGGAAAUAUAAUUUAUUUCUACGUAUGUGUCCCCUCUCGCGAAAAACCCGAUUGAAAAAAAAUAAAAAAAAUGGAUAUCGGCAGAAUUAUUAGCAUAAAGAUAUAACGCUGUUAUAGGACACCCUGGAUAGGUGCACAUAAUACAGACCAUACGAUAUAUCACUCCAAAAAAACAAUAUUAUCGCACCAACAGAUAAUACAAAAUUAUACGAUAAAAAAUGUUUAAAUCAAAAUAAUACGAAACGAUUGUUUCGUUAUUUCGUACGCCCAACACAAUAAUAAUUUAUAGUGAUGUAUUUGACGAAUAACUUUAAAUACAUUAUUGUAUUAUUAUUAUUAUUAUUAUUGUUAUUAUAGGCGGACUGGCGGCGUACAAAAGUCUUCCGUAUACGACUCACGAUAGUAUUCUUACGGAAAAAAGGAAACAAAGGAGAAUACGGACGACUUUUACUUCGGCGCAGCUGAAGGAAUUGGAAAGAGCGUUUCAGGAAACGCAUUAUCCCGACAUAUACACCAGAGAAGAGAUCGCCAAACACAUAGAGCUUACCGAAGCCCGAGUCCAAGUAAGUUGUAUUUUCGCCGUUCAACGUACGAAAAAACACUAUACGCGGAUGUACGUUUACGUUACUACGAAGGCUAAUACAAUAAUAUAUACAAAUAUGUAUAUAUAUAUAUAUUUAUAGGAUACGGUAAAAUGUAUAUUCGGUAAUGUAAUAAAAAAAAAAAAAAAAAAAUGUAUCGUCGAUAACGACAUGACAGAAAAUAUAAAUGUAUAUCGUACGUUGUUCGUCGAAAAUCGAAUUGUAAUACGAUUUCCUUUGUUACAUAAAUUGUGUAGGAAAUACGCCGGGGCUGGGAGUCUAAAAAAAAAAAAAAAAAAAAAAACAACCGGGUAUACACUUAAUACGCUCAAUAAUAUACAAUACGCGUAUAAUGUAGCGCGCGAUUUUUCUACAAAAAUACAUUUUACAGUUCAAAUUUGCGUUUGCCUUGUAGCCAAAACCCCGUUCGUUUGUAUUCGUUCCAUUUAAAUAUGAAACGCGCAAAGCGGUAUCUGUACAAAUAAUAUCACGUAUUUUUAAUUCGAUCGGAUUAUGAUUAUGUGUCGAAUGGAAGUUUCAAAUUAUAUGAGUGAACGAUCGAAGUAUCGGGUUUAAGCGAACACUCUGAUCAUUCAGAACCGCGACUUGUUUCGAACGGUUUUUCGUAUUUAGGUGAGUAUACACGUUAAUAGUGAACGUUCAUCGUAGAAUCGUUUAAAAAACCGAAUUCGUAUCCAUCGCGGUUUUUACACGUACGAUAUACUUGUGUAUAUUAUGGUCCGAAUUCUCACCCGAGGACGACGAUAACGAAUCUCGCAUCGCUACAUCGGACCCGGGAGACAAGGACUUUGUGUAGUUGAUUUCCAAAUAGUUUUCAAUGUAUACGGGUUACAUAACGAAAUCUACAGAAACGAAACGAUUGUGAAACGGCUAGAUCGCUAAACAGGCUGACCUAAAAUACGACUCGCGUCUUUUUGCCGAACGCAAAUGUACGCGGUAGUGGCCCGGAACGUGUGGGCGAUUUUCAGUAAAAAAACGCGUUGGACUAUAAAUAACACGGCACGGUGUCGUAGCAGGGAUUUUCGUAAGGGGGGGGGAGGGAGGGGAGGGGUGUUUUUAUUUUGUCUUUAGACGUAACCUUGUAACUUUAUUGCGCGCGCGUAACAUUAUAGUUAAUUGGAAUUAUUAAUCUGAUGCGUAACUGCACAUGCCUAGUUGGCAAAAACUACAAUUUUCGGCAUGGAUAUAGCCAAAUGGGGCGGCGAAGAGGUUUUCCGAACACCGAAAUACCCCCGGGCCCCUCGCUACGCCGCCGAUACAGCGUACCGCUUAUAUACCAUGCGGACGGAAAAUCGUGGGCAAACGUGUUAUCGUUUUCGUUACCCAUCGGAAAACGGUUUUCGCUCUCGACGCCGCAGUAAUAACAACAGUCCGGGGGGGGGGGGGGUAGGGGGUACGCCCCCGUCGAGCGAACGCGCUCGGGAACGCGAUUUUCCCACACUUUUACAACGCGGAGCGCCGUAUUGUAAUAAUAUUUGUUCGUUACGUCGCUGUACGCGCGGCCGUCGGACAUCGAUAACAAUAACGGCGGCAACUGCAACAACAGCAAACAACGACAAUACUAUCGCGAGCGCAUCGAAUCGCGUAAUCCGAACCCGCGGCCGCCUUUGGCACCGUCGGUGUCCGACCGAAAGGAAAAUUGCCGCGGCGCGUGACGCGACGUCUCAAUUUGUGCCACCGGGCCGACGUUAUCGCGCGCGCCGCUCUCCCCGCCGUGCUUUGCUUUGCUUUUUUUUUGUUUUUCCCCGACUCUUUUGGGCCGCGCGGUAAGCACGCCCGGCGUCACCGUGCUAAACAAGCGCGUAAUAAGAUACUCGAAUGCGCGUGUGUGCGCGCCAUUUUUCGUGUCCGGCACGCGUCCCGGGCACUUGACGGCACGCGACCCGCGGCACCCUAAUUAUUGUUAUUUGCCCCGCGGAACAUCGUCGCGUCCGGUCCGAUCCCCUCAACAGUAUUAGGCGAUUACAUCCGUCAGCCAAUUAACACGAAACGGAAAUCGUAAAACAAUUGUGAUUGGGGGGGGCGGGCGUCGGUGUGAUUGAUUUCGUCGGGGACACGUAACAAAUUAACAUAAACUGAAUAUUUUUUUUCGGUUCCUACGUCUAACGUGUGACUGUACUGGCGACGAGCCGGCACGACUUUUUUCCGACACCCGAUGUUCAAAUGUUUUCCGCCGAUAUAAAACCGACAAUCGAUCCCCCGAUAUUUUUAUUUUAUUUUUUUUUUCGCGACCAUUAGCCGAUAUUCAUCGAAAUCGUCCGAUGCGUUAAACAAAAAAAAAAUCCGAUUUUCGCCGGUAUAAUUUGUAUAUUAUGUUAUAUGUUAUAUUGUUUAUUGAAGUCGGUAACGCGUUUAUUAAAUCGAGGACCUUUUUUCUGAAAAAUAUCGGGUCUGAUAUCGGUUUAAAAAAAAAAAAAAAAAUAGAAAAAAAACCGACGGCCGAUUUUCCGAUGACGCCGACGCUCACCUCUGAUUCUUAAACGUUCUCGUACGAAGGGGAGGGAGGAGGGGGGGGGGGGGGCGUGUGGGGUACGCCGUUUGUUCGUUACGGAAUUUCCGGUUUUCGUCGGUUUACACUCGCACGCAAACUCUCCGACCGGCGAUAUUGACGCGCUUGCUAAAUUAUCGCCGUGUGGACCGGGCGGUUUUCGCCGACCGCCGUGCCCGACAUCCGACCCGCGGCCCGUUGCACGGUUACCCGCGAACGUUCGCGUUCCGGCACCCACGGCCGCCGGCAGCGAUUAUCCACAAAUCGAUACCGUCCGAACGCGAGAAAGACGUCACCGCAUAACCCGUUGACACACAACGUUGUCCGUUGUCAACGACGCGUGUUCGGCGUCACAGACCAGACGGCGUUCACGACGUGAUUCCACCGUCAUCACUUUAAUCGGCCGGAUUCAAUAACACCGGGCCAACGGCGCUUCACGACGACCGCGGGUUCGCGCGCGCUCGCCCAAUCUGGCCACGGCACGUAACGAUUAUCCGUUGGACCGCUUCAACGUGUUUUCCGUUUCGACGCGGAGUGACGGACCGGUCGGUUGCACUAUGGUCCGCGUUUCGUUCCCGGUCUGUAAGCGAUUUUUCAAAAAGAAAACUUGCUCCGAUAAAUCCAGUGUAGCGUCAUUUUCGAAAGGCGAAUGUCUCUGGAGUCGGCGCGUGUAAUUGCGUAAAAGCCGAAUAAGACGAAAAAUGUGAAUGCAUUGAUGAUUUCGUUGUUUUAAAUGUUUACACAUUAAGUUUUUUACUAGAAAUAUUGUUCCAAUAAAAAAAAAAAAAAACACAAAAACGACAGGUGAUCUGUUUUGUCGCAUUUUUAAUCUCAUUGGUGAGUAAGUAAGUCGUUUUUUGAUAUCUCCUAUAGUUUUGUUUAAUAGUUGAGCGAACCCGAGAAAGAACGGGAGAAUUUACGAAAACAAUACUUUUAUAAUUUUAAAUUUGUGGUUUUUUCGUUAUCAUUCGGUUAAAAAUAUUCGUUUGGACCUGAAAUGUUGACAGAAAACUUAUUGUUGCCUUUUGACAAUUGGAAUGACCAUUUUUGUUCUAUUUAUGGACAUUUUAAUUUUGCGGUUCUUUACGUCAUUUGUGUGGAUAAUUAAGUUUGACUACGCAGAAAAGCUUGAACGUUUUGCAUGAGGUUCGUCACAGGUCGUACUUGGUGGUAAAAAAAAAAAAAAAAAGUUGUGUGCAAUGUAGUAGUUUUGGUUUUUUUUAAUAAGCGUUUUAAUAUCGAAUUUUGACGAAAAUUAUAGAUAUUAUUGCUUUUCGAAAACAUACGUAACUAAACUUCGUUUCAAAUCGUUUUCGUUACCGACGGUUAAUGAUUGUUUACAGAUGUAAAUCGAAUAGACGUACAUAACGUACCCUCCCAACACCCCACGUACAACGGCGGUACACCCGUCCCCCGGUACCUACAACAAUACAUCAUUAUACCAAUGAAGUCUCGUAUGAUUUACUCGUUUUAUAUCAAUAUUGCGCUCAAUGCGUAUUAUUAUAGAUUCUCGACGUCCAAUUUUGAUAAUCCAUUGGAAAUUUAUAAAUAAACGUUUACGUUGUGUGUGUGUGUGUGUGUGUGCGUGUGUGCGUGCGUGGAUUUUACACGAUUACAGUUCGUCGUUUCCUCGCCGAUUUCAAACCUUAUAAUAUUUUCCACAGUUGUUUAGAUGAUUGUUACGCGCGAUUCCGGUCGACCGUGAUGAAUAUUAAUCGCGAUGGGAUGUUUUUAUAUUCAUUUUCGUAAAACUGCAGCGGCGUCCGCGUGCACGGGGAAGAUCAUUGUUCAUUUUUAACACUUAUAUUAACGGUCUCAGUAGCCCUGCAGCAUGUUCAACUAAACUGUCAACGAUAUAUUACGCCCCGCAGGGGUUCGUUUAUUUCAUAAACACCGACAACUUAAUUCAUAUAAUGCAUAAAUGGUCGUUUUUCUACCCUCCCUUAUAUUAUUGUUAUUGUUGUUAUUAUUACUAUCAUAGUUUACGACAACUACUACUACUACUACUACUACUACUACUACUACUACUACAACAACGGUGCCCCGGAGUUUGCGCAUUAUAAUAUCGUUAAUAUUUUUAAUCCGGAAUAUUGACGGUGUACACGUAAAUGAUGUAAAAUCGGCGUUAGCGCCGAUCGCACAAAACCGAGAAUCAACGUUCACGCGCGGCGGCAAAUAACUUUGAAAAAACGCAUUCGUACAUCUGCGUAUUACAUUGUAACAUUACGAAGAGAGAAAGACACGUCCGUGCGUUUGUAAUGCUCAAGAACCGCUUAAUCGAUUUCAAAACUCCUCUCGCCUAAAGAUAGCUGCGUUAUCGGCGAGUUACGCGGGCCGGAUAUCAUUUUCGAAAUGACCGGAGAUCCGUGCACGAAAAUGUCAAUAAUUAGGUUUUCAGGUACUUUCGGUGUUUGAACAUCCAAUCGUUUAGUUAUUUAUUUUUUUGUAUGUUCGUGGGUUACCUUGACGGCACGGAUGACAAUGUGGGGCCGUCACGGACGAGAAAACUAUUGUCAUUGCUAUUAUUUACACUAUUUUCUACAGCAUUAUAGCAAUGCGUUGCCGGGUCGGCUAGUAUAUUGUCGAACGAACCUCGUCGAAUUGCACUUCUUAUGCGAGGAAUUUAUUCCGAAAAGUCCAAGAGCACUUCAACAGUCUAUAAGAUAAUAUAUACGUCAUAAAAUGUGUACUCGAGAUGAAUGGAAAUACUUUCUCGGUGCACGCGCAAAGGUAUGCGCGAAACCGAAAAAGGGGGGGGGAAAAAAUGAACGCUGCGUUCGAGAAUUUAUCAUUUGCGCGUCGUCUGCGCUUAUCUGUGCCAAAAUAUCGUACGUUAUUUGCGCAUAAACAAUUCAUAAUGGAUGUUGCGUUCGAAAAAUAAAAGCGUACGUAUUUACAAAUGACCUGGCUGUACUUCAGCCGCGUAAUACCUAAUACACACGUAUUCGGAAGCGCAGAAAUUCGUACAGACAAUGUUUUUGAAAGCAUUCGGUUGGCAAUCAAAUAAAUUGAUAUUACCUAUACUUUAUGUAUGUUUGAAUUUUAAAAUGAACGGUUUUUUUUUUUUUGUUGUGUCUUGCGUGUGCCUGAAAAAUGUAGCGGUUCCGUCGGUUGAAAAACUGAAAGUCUGUAAACAAUUUGCGCUCGUGGACACGAUAAAAUACACCGUAGGUAUAAUCAUUGAUUAAAUAUACAUAAAAUAUACAAUACACAACGUAUGUUUAAUCAACGGUUAUAAUCUCUUUCUGUCCUUCUACUAUUAAAUAGUAGUACACGUCCAGUGGCGCGACCGAGAUUUUUUGAAGGAAAGUAUCGCAUGUCUACAUCGCGGUUUUUAACGCGUUCUAAUAAAUUUAUAUUACUUAAACGCGGAUGAAGGAGGGCGUCCGAAAACCGAAAACACCCCCCCCCCUUCUCCGCAAUUGGGUUGCGCUUAUGCCUACGUCGUUGCGCAAGCGACUAGUGUCAGAAAAAAUGUCAGAACGGUAAACAAGUGUUUUACAGUGAUGUUUUUUAUUUUUAUUUUUAUUUUUCCCGUGGACGACUAAUUUUCUACCAGCAAUUUCGCUCCGAUUUACAACCGGGAACAACGUAUGGAAAACGGGAAAAUAAAUUUAAACAAUUAUUGUCGAAGAAUGUAUUCAAUGCGAUUAUUUUACCAUAACACGACGUACACGUUGUCGACAAAGCAACACUGCCACCAACCGAACUCCGUUCAGAAUCGUUUUUCCGUCGGCAAUGGUCAUGAUCGCGUUACUCACAGACGUACGUAAAACUGCCUACAGCGGUGGCCGCGCCCGUCCGCCCGUUGUCCCGUGAAAGCUUCUUUUUUUUUUUAUGACGGCCGCGAUCGUAAUGCGUUUUACGCGUUUGAAGAAUGUAAGCACCGCCAAAGGUAUACGCGCGUAGUCUCUCGAACGUCGCUCCCGGACGGCGAGCCGGCCGAUUCGUGACGUAUUAUUAUUGUUAUUACGGGCGGCGCACAAUUAAAUCGCGUCAUAUUUAUUUUUCGCCCUGUAAAAAAAAAAAAAAAGAUAAAAAGAAAAAAAAAAAACGCGAAAAAUCCCUUGUAAACACGGUAUAAUAUACUGUAGCACUCGCGGGCGCGUACCUACGGCGGCGGCGGCGGGUAAUGAAGGGACAAUAUUGCGUUGAUUUAUUGUAAACGCGGGCGCGCGCCGCUCUCUCGCUCCCGAAUCUGGCGCCAUAAUCCCUGUGCAUAUAUUUGUACGCGCGGCACGUCACCGUUGUUCCGUCGGCGGCCUUUACUGUUUGCUCAGUUGCGCGCGAAAAGUCGCCGGACGUAUGGGGCCGGGGAUGGUGCGCGUGUGUGCUGUACUGCACAAUGCGCGGAGGGCAGGGAGAGCGUAAAAAAAACCCCCGAAAAAAAAAAAAAAAAACAAACAAACAAACAAACAAACGGAAUAAUAAUAAUAACAUUAACAUGUGUUAAACAAGUAUUUAGCCUUCUGUCGUCUCGCGUACCGCGACAAUAAAGGCACCUACGGCCGUACACACGCGUAAGCGUCGCAGUUUCGCGGCGGCGAUCGUGCGCCGCGCCCCACAGGGGUGAGCGACACCGGCCGGUGACUGCCGCGCGCGCGUUACGAUCGCCGUUAACCGUUAUCCGCGAUUGUGCGUGCGGGCACGGGACACCGGCUGUCCCGCCGGUGCAGACGCCAGCGUUUGCCGGACCGACCGCGCAGGGAACAAUCGGCCGGCUCUCCCCGCGGUUCUCGGACGGCGGGCAAUGAUCCGUGCGCGCGCGUACGCAACACUAACGCACGCGCGCAUAAUAUUAUUCGUAACGCGCGCCGGGCCCCGUGCAUGCGCCGCGGCGAUUGUCGCCGGUUUAAUGAACUACGCGGGGACGCGGCGCGUAAAGGGUUCGGAUCGUGUCUAUUAUUAUUACCUAUUAUUAUUUCGCGUGCACCCGCCCGUCCGUUGUUUGUUCGCGUCGCCCUCCCCGUCCGCCGACCGGCCCUUUUGUGCGGCGUUCGCCGUCGCGCGCCUACAAUGCGUGCGCGUUUGUGGCCCGCGGUACGUAUCUGCGUCGUUGUCACCGUCAUUGUUAUUUGUUGCUUCUGCUGCCGCCGCGGGACGCGCAGGUGCCCCGGUGUCUCGGGGAAAACGUUUCAACGAGAGGACCGCUUUUUUUUUUUUUUGCUAAAAUUUCCCGUCGUUAUCGACAUCGUCCGGAGCUAUCGGAUAACGCGCGCGUGUCCGGCAGUAACUUGCAUUUUCCCGUUCCCCCCCCCGCCCACGCAGUCAUUAACGAAAACUGUACGAGGAAAAUCGCGGGAAAACGAUCCCCGCGACCCGGCCGGCCGGGUACGAUUUCGUUUCGGAAAAGUCACUACGUUCGCAGACAAUUGUUUCGGCGGAGAUGUUGUUUACGACAAAAAAUAAAUCGGAGAAAACACCGAGCAGUCUCGAUCCGAUUAAAAACUCUACUGGGGAUUUUCGACGUAGUCACGGCCAUCGCUGCGGGUCGCGCUUUUUCGAUGUCCCCCGUCGUAACAACUCGGGAAAAACCGGUCGUUGUUCGUGUGAUUUUUGCCGGUUUCCGGGCGACAAGCGAAAGACUACGCGGCCGCCUGCGGCAACACGCACUGCUCGCAAGCGUUUUUCAUUAGCGACGGUUACGUCUGCGCGUACGCGUUACGCGCCGAACGGAAUCGUUCGGUUCCGCGGUCUCUCCGCGAAACAGCGGCACGCCCUCGGGCAGCGUCGGCCUCGUUCACGUCGCGGUUUUCGCCGCGAAAUCCGCGCGUACGCAGAGGCGAUCGCGGCGACGCGCCAAGAACGUAACAAAGCUGUGCGGCCGUGCGGGUGCGUAACGCGUAUGCUGUCGCGCGGGUUUUUUUUUUUAUCAUCAUCGUUUGCCGCCGAAGGGUUUCCGCGUCCACGGACAACGGAUCGCGGUACGGCUGUCGAUAACCGGACGCUCGUCGCGAAAAUAUACGCGCGCAUCAAACCGUCGGCGUAUGAUAUUACAGUGGGCGCGAAAAACAAUCGGAUCGAAAACAUUCGACGCGCGCGCAGUCGUAAACGUCAUUUCGAAAAAGGCCGCGUCCGGUACACCGCAGUGCGCAGACGGAGAACACCGUAACGGUUAUCGGUACGUGUUCGGGUUUUGAAGGCAACACAAUCGAUAUAAAAAAAAAAAAAAAGCUCGCGUUGUCCACUGUUGUCGGUGAGAAGUUGAGAAGUUUGUUGGGUAUAGAGGGGAAAUCUACGAUUUGUGUCUACAAGCGACGACAGACCGUUGCUUAAUAAAAACGAUUCUGAGCGGAAUUCAGUUGACACAGUGACGCUCCGUCAAUAAUAUAUACGUCAUAUUAUUGUAAAAUAAUUAAAUAGGGAUUAUAUGUUAUUUUAUUUAAUGUGAUAAUAUAAUCGAAAAACGAAUUCCUUUGAGUACCUCCCCGGUCGGAUUUAUUUUUAGAAAAAGUGCUAUUAUUGUAAAUAGGAGCGAAAUUGCUGAUGGACAAAUUCUCCACAGAAAAAAAAACAUCAGUAUUUUACUAAUGUAUUUCGUACAUUUUCCCGUUUUUUUUCGUUUUUUCCCUUUUAUUGGGAAAACUGCCUGGAAAAUCGAACAAUGAUUGUACAUAGGAAAUAAUCUUUCUACGUCCACUAAAGUUAUAUUGGGGCGUAUUUCAUGCAUAAAUAAUUAUAUAAAUUAAGAUAAUUACUUAUUAAAUCGACAAUGUUUUUUUCUCCAAUUGAUACUUGGUUGAUAUUUUUGAUAAAAAAUGCAUUUAUAAGUAAAAAAAAAAAAAAAGGCAAAGUACGAAAAAUACGAGUAUAUUUUUUUUCUAGCUAAUUAUUUUUGCAUUGUACGACUAAUUUUAUAAAUUUUACAAAUCGAAUACAGCCUCAACCUCAGCUUGUAUUUGUAAUGAGAAAAACUUCUUUCGACGUCUGUAGACGUUGUCAACGCGUGUCGCACCGUGCUUGUAUUUAAAAAACGUGCACUUUCGGAUUUUCAGAUAUUCCGGUUAUUGUUAUUAUUAUUAUUUUUUUUUUUUUUUUUACCAGUAUGGCGAUAGACACUAUAUUAUUAUUAUUGUCGUCGUUCGGCGCGAAAAAAAUACGAAUCGUCAUCACUCAUCCGGGGAGAUCGGCGGUGAAAAUAACAAUGUACAUAACGAUCGAUCUUUUCCGGGCGUUGUCAUAUUAUUAUAUCUCCGCCAUCCGACAAAAACUAUAAUAUAAUGUGCAGGGUGAUUUUAUACCCCUUCUUUACACUCCCUCGGUCUGAACGUUAAACUGUUGUUAUACUCGUAUAAACGAUACAUUUGAAUCAUCCGAUAUUAUUUAUUGUGUUAGUACUAUAUAAUAUUAUAGAGCUACGCGCCGUAGCCAGUAUAAUAUCAACGUUUUAAGAAAAAUGUUCUCUUUUCGAAUUUGAGUUUACAAAUCACUAGUGCUGCCCCGCGCCCGUGCCGAUUUUUUAUUCGCUUUACGUUUAUUCCGGUUUCCGCUAUGAACGUAUCGGUAUAUUGAAACAAACAGACGUAAUGUGGAAUUAAAAGUGUUCUAGUGCGUCGUACAUUUUUUCAUCCGUGCAACCACAGAUACUCGCACAGCACAGGGAUUAAACUACUCGUAUAACAUAACAAUAUAAUACUCACUAAAAUUAUGAGGACAUAAUGUGUAGCGACAUAAACUGUAGUGUUUUUACUGUACCGAAAAAUAAAAAGAUUCAAAGAUGACGUUAUACGUGUUUUCACAUUUCACUUAUAUGCGCGCAGUACAGCGCAUAAUUUUUUGGUUUUUUUUUUUCAUCUAAAUAAGAUAAAAGUAGUGUAACACGCGUGUAUAAAAAACUUUUUUUUUAAAAUGUUUUUCGGUCGAUCGCGACAACUUAUAAAAAAAAACUAUAAGAGGUCGAUCACAAUAGUCCAUUAAAGUCGGCCGUCCUCGGUUCGUCGGUUCGCGAUAAAAACACCGCCAAUCAUUGACGCCCCGGACGGGGGACAAGGCGGGGCAUCUGGACUUUAAAAUUUCAAGUAUAAUUUUAAUAACCGGAUCAUUUAUACAGUUUCGUUGUAAUUUUUGGCGUUUGAUUUUAUCGCGGUCCUCCCUGGUCGUCAAAGGACCCGUUAUUGUUUAGGGUUGUACGUGAGGAGGAGAAGAAGAAAAAAAAAAAGUGCCAUUCGAAACUUCACCGAGACACCGCGGACACUGUCCGUUCCUGAUAAAUUUCCCGCGGGCGCCCGUGCCGCCGACGCGUGCGGCCGCAGUACGCACGAAAUGUAUGCAAUGCGCGGACUCGGUGCCGGAAGAAUAUAAAACGGAGACCCGUCGCGGUUUGGCGGGGGCGGCGGCGUGGCUGAUUGAAAUAAGACGCGUACAUGUGAUGGGGGUGGGUGCAGGGGAUGAGGUGGGCAAACGAGAGAGGACGGCUACAGAAUGUACGGGGGGGGGGAAGAAGGGGGAAGGGAAGAGCGAAAGCCGUAUAUUAUUAAAUUAAUAACGGGCCAGCGAACCGGAAGAACCGCCGCAGCCGCCGCCGGUGUUGGUGGCGGUGUCGAUUCUCCGGCGUUUCGGCGUCGCGCGAGUUUAUGUCACGUUGUGUAUACGAUAAUAAUGUCGCGAACCGCAAAAUAUUAUACACUGCACACGCCCGGCGACCGGGGUCGGUGUGAGUGCGUUCGUCCUAUCGUGGCAGUGGCGUUUUUAGCAUUUUUAGGGGACGAAAACUGUCAUUCGCAGUCUCGCGGGGGAGGGGGGGGGUUACGUCUGCCUCCCCGACCCUCCCCCACUUGGCGCGCGUACUGCGAAUGCGUACGAUCCGCGUCGUUGCAUUCGAUAAAUUCGUUUUCGUUGUCUUCGAACGCGGGUGUACCCGAAUAAGCUCCACGCACCACCGCUCACGCCGAUCAACGGUAACACGCAAUCGACUGGCCGUAAGACACGGACGUUUUACCCCGCGAUUUUACCGCGGUUACCUAUUUUACGCCGUGUUAUCACGGUUACGCGGGAGCGGGUGUAUCCUCGGAUACACCUCCCCCUCCAUCUUAAAUACGGUACUGUAUCGCCGAUAGUUCGUCGGAUGUCCGUCGUCGUCACCGAUAUUUGUGUACGGAGUGAUCGACCCCGACACUCAUUAUUACCUACCUAACUAUUGCUUUGGACAUUUUUUUCGGACAGCGUAUGAAACAAGCUAAAUUUAAAACUUGAUUCAAACAAAUUCAGUGGAGGAAGACAUUUCGAAAGGAGGGGGACAGACCCGUAACUCCCAGUGUGCACCUUCGGUAUAUUUUACAAAUUCCAUAAACGGACGAAGUUUUAGUUUAAAUACGUUUUGGGGUUGACGUAUUUAAUUUCCGCUAAUCCAUUAACGACGUACUCCAUUUUUAAGUUUUGGUAGAGAGAGAGUUGAACAUCAUUUGCGUGGCAGUACGGAGCGCAAUUUUCGAGUAGCUCUUCACUACUGUUUUACUGUAUGUUACUGUUAGAAAACCAAAAGAGGAUAGUGAUUUACAUUCGAAAAUAAGGGUGAAAAUAACUAACGGUUGGUAAUGUAAAAUUUCAGAACUGCUUGUUUCUUCAAUUAACUAAAAAAAAGUUUUCGUUACUUUUCGUUCAAAUCGAUAAUUCAUACGUUAAAGUUAGACAUAUCGUCCACGAGGAAAUUAUCAACCGUAUACGGAUUUUUUUUCCUACGCAUAUUAACUGAUUUUAACCUAUUUUUUAAUUUAAAUUUAUUUUUAACUAAACAAUUUAGUAGAAAAUAUUAUGUAUUUUCAAUAGCUGCAUUUCGUUAAUGUACGUUCCUUUAAUUCUGAGCCGACGACACGAUGACGUACACACAUUACCUUACAUACAUUUAGUAUAUUAUAAGUCGAUAUUGUCAAAAUUAUAGUAUGAUAUCUUACGAGUCGUUCGCUUGCGUGUAAACAUUUAAAAGUUUAUCGUUUCACAUAGUGGCGAAACAUAAUAUACACGUAUAUCUAUAAUCUAUAUGCAAAUCUAUACUUAUUUUCAUUUUUUUUUUUUUCGUUUUUGGAAUAUAAAUAUUUAAACUGUUUGUAUAUACGUCCGUAUAAAAUAUUAUAAUAUCAUAACAUCAUAAACGAAAAGGAAUCAUAGCUAUGCAUAUUUUAUUCAAAUGUGCUGUGUACAGUUCAACUGUUAUAAUAUCCAAAUACCACCUAUCCCUAUAUAGUAAGUUUUUAAAUAUUCCCAAGAGACGUCUGGACUGCAGUUAUCGUUGUUGAUAUACCUAAAACGUUAUCUUCUGGUUUUUUUUUUCGUUUUAUAAUUUUUUUAUAAAAUAAAGAACAAUUUAUAAAAAUUCGCCAUUUUAUAGAAUGCAAUCAUGCGUGUUCUUUAAAUGUUCAUAAUAUUUGAUACAUUGUAUAUUAUGUAAUCGUUAAAAAUGUCGGAUUAAAUAAACUAUAUAUUAUAACUAUACUAUUAAAUUGGAAAAGACUACGGGGCCAUCCAAGACAAAGUUAGACAGAUAGAGUGAUUGACGACUUUAUCAGGUGUGCGUCGAUUUCGGGGAGAAAAUAGUGUAAACAGAUAGAUGAUAAGUGUAGUUAAAGUAGCGAAGUUUCUAUAAGAACUACAAGAGAUUCGAAGGAGUAGACGUUAUAUGCAUCUGAAAUUGUGCUAAGCACAAUACUUUAUUUUGUUUCAAAAAAAUGCUUUAUUAAAUACUUAAAUACUUAAAUAACGUCUUACACGUGUAAUGUGCUUAUCGAGAUUAUUUUAACAGGACUCUACACCCUACACGUGAUACGUUAUGUCUUUGUUGUUUCUUUCUUACAAACACAUGAAUAUAGUAAAAACACGCUUACGCAGACUACCCAGAACUCGCUUAGUUUUUGGUUUUAGAGUGAAAGCACGAAAUUAUGAAAUUAUUUUUUUCAAAAGUUUUAGCUAGUUAAACAAUGUUGAAAAAGUCGUAAUUUAAAAAUGGUAAAUUGACUUUAAUGUAAAUAAUAAUAAUUUAUUAAUUAUUUGGAGAAAAUGGAAAAAAUGCAACGUCCUGUCCUCCGGACUACGGUUUUCUUUUGAUUUUAAAAUAGGUGUUUUCACUCAAAAAUCAAAAUCAAUCGAAUGCCGCGUAGUCUGCGCCAGCUUGUUUUAACUAUAUCGUGCGUUUGUAAGACAGAAAACAACGAAUGCAAAACACGUGUAGCGUCCCUUAAAUUGUUAUUAUUACGGGAAAAUACGUCUAAAUAUAGUGAUACGAUAAUUCUGAAGCUCGUUCGGAUUAACGAGACCCGACUGUAAUAUUUUGUACCGUGUAGCGCAUUAUCACAAGUAAUAGAUACCAACUAACUCGUAUUGCAGACAUAGGGAAUGCAGAAGUGCAGGCCUACUGGAACGUGGAAUACGCCGACGGUCGUUCGAAAAAAAAUCAAUAUUAGAGUAUAACAUAUGUAUACUCUAUGUACUCGCAAAUAAUACGAAAGGAUCUCCAUCACAGCGAAAUAACACACUGCACAAAACAAAUUAAGAAUUAACGAGUUUAAGUAUUUAUAUACAGCAGUGUAGGUACCUCCGUGUAUAUAGUGAGAUAAAUUUGAAAACUCCCACCUUCCGACGUUACUGCACGCGUACAAAACGUUAUUAUGUAUUCCUGCUGCGGUAAUAUUUAAUUAGUUUUAAACGUUUUCCGUCAAUCAUUUCGGUUUGGUGUUUGUUAUCCGUAAAUACUCGUGUGUAUACCUACAAUGUUAUAAUAAUAUGUUACGUGCGGUUGUUGUACAAAUCUAUUCUAAACGGACGUGCCGUAAUAUGAAAAUUCGACACCCUAACUACAAAUUCAUAAUGUUAUAUUUUAUACAGACGCGCAGAAUGCGUAUAAUAAUUUAUUAAAACGAUAAGUAGGUAUGAUAUGGCCCCAUAAACCCUCGUGCAAUUAUAAUAAUUGCAAUAUCGCCGAGUCACUGGUGGAUUUUAAAAAAUGUUCUGGUGGGAGGGGGAGCAUUGAAAAAUCGUAUGUAUUUCAAAUAUCGAUGCUUGUUUUUUAGAUGACAUUUUAUUGAAAAACAAAUAACAUAAUACUCACUUAUUAUAUUUUCCUGUAUUCGACUACAGUGUUUAUUGGCAUAAAUAGCGGAGGGGGGAAUUUAAGGGUUUAUGCCCUCUCCGAAUACUCAGCCAAGCUCUUCCGAACUAAGUCCUUACGAAAUAUACAUACCUAUUCAAUAUUAUUCAAUAUUAUAUCGUGGCUUAAAUCUCCAAAACUAUUUAGGUAAUUUGCACCCACGAUCGUGUUAAUUUUGUGUAAAUCUAAUAAUACAAAUAUUUUCGUACUCUAUCAAAAAAUAUGAAGAUUAUUGUUGUACACUUUUAACUGAACUGGCAAACUCUGGCAUACAUUUUACCAGUUUAUGCCUCGAAUUGUUCUGAUUUUUUUGAUACCGAAAACGUAUUUUUCGAAUUUUAGUGGUAUACGCCUUUUUAACGAAACGCCAUCGUAUUAUGUUAUGAAUAGAAGUUUUUGUAAUAAUAUUAUCAAAAAAAAAAAAAAAAAAAAGCAUUUCUCCCGCACCGUAGCCGUAAAACGCGCAGUGUUGUUUUUCGUGUACUGGCCGUCUGUAUAAGAUAUUAUAGAACCUCCCCCGAGGAUUUACGAGUGCGUCUCAGUGCGACGUUAAUAAAGUGGGUGGGGGACGGAGGCGACCGAUUGGCCGCAGAAUAUAUUAGUGUAUACCGCGCUGUUGCCGUUUCCACAACGUGAAAACGACUGCAGCCGGACGGCUCUAUAAAAUACAUAAAAUAGAUUUGUUUUCGCAUUUUAUUUAUACACCGGGUAUUAUUUGUUGUCGGCCUUUUUAACCAAUUGAAAAUACGGGGAAGAACGAAAAUUAAAUUAAAUCCCCGGAGUCCAAAAUAUAGACGUUAUAAUCCGUCUUGCGGAGUUGAUCUUUCGUCAUAUACUUAUCGAUCUUCGACGAUAAACUUUAAUUUUAAAACGUCGGAAAAAAAUUACAGAAUAUUCUACGUACGUUGUAUAACGCCUACGUAGCUCAGCGUGUUAUUAGCGUUACGCUUUUAUAUGGUUAGCAUUGUAUAACAAUCGCGAAUGUUGAACAAUUAAAACGUAUAACUAACAAUGCGGUAAAAACACUAAAAACACGAAAUUAAUUUCCAGAUAUUGUAUUUCUACUAUAGUUUAUAUAGUGUGCAUAGUCAUAUACUACCCAUAUACUUAUGUAAAAGCUAUAAUAUUUAUGCGUUAACGCGCGUUCGUGACUUCUUUGAUUCUAAACGGUAUAGGUACAUCUUCUCUCUUAAACUUUAGGCUUAGUGCCAAUUCCCUGCAAAGACGUGCAGAAACAUACGCGUGUCACAAAUCCUCGGAGAAAUUAUUCAUUCUGUACAAUUUAUAGUUGCCAAAAUCAAAAUUGAAUUCGGACGUACUUAUAACGUUUCAUUCGGCUAAGUGCCAAUUAAAUAUUAUACUCUGUUUUUUUUUGUAAUGGAAAAUGUCUUGAUUCAAAAAAUAUAUACUCAUACUUGUCUAGUGGAUAUAUUGGUCAAUCUUUAUAGCUUAACCUAACGUUUAAAAUCCUCCGGUAAUUAUAAUAUUACAUACAAUCUCAUAUUUUACAAGACGAAUCGGGAUUUCGUUGCGUUUAACAUUGUGGCAAAUUAUUUUAACGAAGUAUAAUAAUAAUAUUAGGCUUUAUUCCAAUGAUAGUAGACGUGAAAAGAAGAAUAAAAUGGGUGGAACGUGCUUGCAGGAUCACGAGAGUAUAGUUGUGCGAGUCUAAAUACUCGUAUAGGUUUUUCGUAAAUAGAUGAGUGGAUGUGGCUAAUGGAAUGGCCAAUUAGAGUUAGAUAUAGGCGUUAAAUAACUAAAUAGGAAGUAAUUAUAUAUAAAGUAGUAUUUGUUGCUCAGACUUAAAGGAUCGAAUCAAGGGCGCCCAUAGGGUAAUUUUCAGACGAGGGACAAAAUGAAACUAGAGUCCAAAACCUAUAUAGCACAUAGAUGCCAGGUUCGUAUUUCUUGAAAAGGAAUGAGGAAGAACAGGUAUGUAAUUAUGUAAACAUUAGCUUUAAAAAAAAUAAUAACUGAAGUGCUAAGUCAAUGCUUAAGACAUUAUAAUAUUCUACUGUUUAUAGUUUGCAUCAUACGUUUGAGUAAACAAUUAUAAUUUAUAAGUGUGUAAAUUAUAGUUAUAGUAUUUAAUAAAAAGUAACGAUUUACACACACCUCCAUAUACGGACAAAGAAGUUUCUGGCUAUUGACGCUUUGAAGUAAAUAUAUUUCUUCGAUUUACUCAUUUCAAUAAAAGCAUUAUAGAAAAUAAUUUAAUAGGCAAUAAAUAAAUCAACACUAAAGACUAAACACAAUAUAUUUCGAAUGACCAACACACUUUUAAAUACCUAUUACCUAAUUUCAGAUUUUCGUUCACUUAUAAAAUAUAAAAAUCACUAUUAUUAUUAUCAUAGGGCACCAGAUAGAAGAAAAAUUAUAUUAUCUAUGCUAGGGACAUCCGGCUGCCAUAAUAAUACGUACAUAAUACGCGUUCACUGAUUCAGUGAUAAAUAAAAGUCGAUGUAGUCGAAGUCUUCGAUACGAAGAAUAUAAUAAAAUUUAUUUCGAUGGGUUCAAAGCAUACACACAUUUUUUUUUUCGGAUAAUUUAUUAUUUUCUAGGUGGGGAGGAGGGUGGGUGUACAUGUCUCACUCUGGCCCCCCUUCGCAAUGGGCGCCUCAUUUUUGCCUUAUUAACACGCCUUACUGGUAAAAUCCUCCACGUAUCGCGUAGUUUUUUUCACGGUUAUCACGAAAAACCAUUAUACCUGUACAAACAUUUUUUCGAACAUUCUCUUUCCCUCUCGUACAUUAUUUCGUAGUCGUCAAUAUUGCAUGUUACGCGUGUAAAACGGUCGUCAUCAUUCCUGGCCUAUUUAUCUUAUUUCAAUGGGUUCGACAAUGUAUAACACGAGUAUUAUACCAAUAGGUACUACCGAUUCAUUGUUCGGUGUACGGUUUAAUAAUUACUAUUACGGACGGUUACAAUAAGGACGCGUGCAAUUCGCAAACACGUGCUAUAUUACGAUGCGGUAAAAUAACCUGCUAGGAAAAUCGUUUGUUCGCGAGCGUCAACGCGAACUGUCGGAUGAUUUAGCAAUAGUUAUUGACUGAAGCGUGGCGUGAUACGUUAGGGUCGGUCGCGUUUCGAAAUAAUAUAUAUAAAAAAAAAAAAAGAAUAAUAAUAAUAAUAACACGUACUUUAUUUAUUAUUUUUUUUUUUUUAAUCGUACAUCGCUAACGCUACGACCACGUGACGUGAUAUCGGGGUGCCGGCGUAACCCACCUGACUAUGUCGACCCGGUCGAACGGCUCGUAUUGUGCGCGUAAAUCGGGCGCGGACCGGCGGAACAACGAAAAUGGUUAGGCGGUGUCGGCGUUUCGGAACGACCGCGGCGGAUGACGCGCCGAAAAACGAGGGGGACGUAGCCGCGUACGUACGGUCUACGCGCGGAACACGACGAUAUAAUAUUUAUUUAUAUUCAAUUAACUCCGGCGGCGUCGGUGACGGGUUUUGUUUUUUUUUUUUCUUUUGGGGGGUGAGUGUCGCGCGAGUAGAAAAGAGAGAGAGAGAGAGAGCGAGCGAGCGAGAGACACGGUCAAUUAAUCGCGGCGGCGAAAAGCCCCGGCGCGCGAAGGUCUACCACGGUACAUUGGCCACCGGACGGGAAAUCGCGCGCGAAACGCAUCUGUUGGAGUUACACGCGCGUCGUUGUUCGGUUGUUCGUCGUCAGUUCGCGCGGCCGGGUCGCGGAGGAAACGGCGUAAUGAAACAAACGCGUCGUCGACGCGCCCGCGCGCACGAGAACGACCUCCGAAAACUGUGUGCCGAUGCCGCGCUGCGCCCUGUGCACGCGUACGGACAAACCGCGCCGCGAAACGAACGUUAAAUAUCGCGCGUCCGGCCGACGGUCGACGCGCGUUUGUUUAUUAAAUCGCGAUGACUGUACACGGCUCGAUUCGGCGGCGCCGUUCGCGGGACGCCCGGGCGGCCGUGCGGUGCGUGCGCGAACGCGUCCCGCGCGUCGUCGUCGUUCGUUGUUUUUUUUUUUUUUUCCCCCUACAGCGCGCGGCUACGGCCCGCGUUGUCUUCGUAUUCUAAAACGGUCAUUUUCCGGCCGCGCCAAAAACGCGCGCGUCGCGAUACGCCGCGCGAGCGGAUUUCGAGUUUUGAUUUUAAACUCUCGGUGUUGUUUAGGUAUUGCGCGCCGCGAAAAAAAAAAAAAACAUACGUAAAACGGCGCCUCUAUCGUUUAUAAUGAUUUCCGUACGAUUAUAAUACGUUGUUCCGGGUGUUUCCGGCGCGGAAACAUCACGGAAUUCCGGGUAUUUGUUUAAUUGUUUUCGCCGAACGAUAUUGCAAUCGCAUUUACUGCGACGUACAAGUAAUUGACGUUAUUCUCAGGGAGAAUCGUUGUUAUGGCAUGUAGAACUUGCGUGUCUAAAAUCGAAUAUUGACUGCACGUCGGAGAACGCACGGUGAUAGACCACUGUAAGACCGUCGCACCAAUAACAAUAUUGUAAAACGAACGUUGUGAUAACGAUAUGGUUACGGGUAAUACAGAAAACGUUAUAAUUAUUACACUGAUUGUCCAACGUUUAAAAAGGCGGUGUAAAACGAAUCGACGAUUUCUUCGCAAUAUUCUCGUCAUUAUUGGACCAUUUUGAAUGCCGCAUAUUGUGAAUUAUAAUAUUUAUUUGAAUAAAUAAAACUGCGAAAAAACUGAAAUAGAGGUUAGGUAUAAAAAAAGAAAAAGAAAUAAUAACACAAGUAAACAAUUUCGCAUACAUACAUACAUAAUAUAGUUUAAUGUAUACCUUCAUAAUUGUUUAAACGAAUUUCACGAAACAAAUGCUAAUAACCGCGUCAGAAGGGCGAUGGUUAAGAGAAGUGGAAGAAUGAGUAUAAAAAAAAAAUAAAAAAAAAAAAAAAAAGAGAGAAAAAUGAGAGGAAAUAAAUAGACGCCACGCCGUUGUCGGCUUUUCCGCGCGCGUGUUUUAUUAAAAGGCCACUGCCGCUUCUGCCCGUCGAAUCAAAGGUCCUAUACAUACGCGCGCGUGUUUAAACGGAACCGAACUUUAUUGGAUUUAAGAGGUGGAAAGCAAACAUCACGUAUAUAUUUACACACACACGCGUAUAGGACGAGCAAGAGGUUUUUGUGAUGCAAGGCCGAACAGAGCUGAGAUAUAUAUAUAUGUGUGUGUGUGUAUGUAUAGAGUAGCGCGUGGUAGUGUAUACAUAAGAGGCGGGGGACGAUGGAAAAACGAAAAAAAUAAAAACAAAAAAAUGGGGGGAAAAGAGAGAAAAAACAAUAUACCCUCGUGCGUCUCUGCACGCGGCAGGUCGCGUACUGUGUUCUCUUUGCACAACGACUGCGUGUAGGCAGAGCAACAGCAGUCGUUCGUAAGUAUACACAAGACCCGCGGACUUUUGCGCGAAGUUUAUCCGCCAAGGGGUUUUGCGCUAUUUGUUUAGGACAAAAAGAUAACCUUUUAAAAACGGACCAAAUGCGUAUACACCGGCGGCACAUCGGCGUUCUCGUUGAUUAACAGCGGGGGGAACCGGGGGGGGAGAGGUUGGAGAACGACGGACAGACUUUUACUGAUGCCGGUACGCUGUGUAUAUAUAAUAUAUACGUACACUGUAUAUAAUAUUAUAUAAUAAAUAACAAUGUGUGUGUGUGUGUGGUGCGUAAAAUGAAUUAUGAACGUCUUAGGAUCCUGUACAGGGGAAAAGGACAUCGGUCAAAUUCUGGAAUUUUUUUUUUUACGAUUUCGUCUUACGGAAUCUGUUUUCCUUCAAUUUUUGGUCUAAAUCCCAUACGUGUGUGUGUAUAGGCCAACUGCGUAUAGUGACUUUUCGAUUACUUAAUAGAUAUUAUUUAUUGUAGAUUCUACUUGUUCCGUAAUAAUAUUACUACUAUGAUUCUAUUAUAAUAUGAUUUUUUAAUUUUUUUUUUUUCUGCGUGUGAAUAACUUUUUCACCAAAAAUCUUGCUCCGAUCAUCGACUUUAAAGGUGAUGGUUUCUAGUAAAAUAAUAUAUUGUCCCGUUGAUGCAAUGAGGCGGUUAUUUUUUAAUUUUCUUUGUAAUAUUUUUAAUCACUCAAUAUAGGAAAACACAUACAAUAGAGAAAAACCUUAAAAAGUCCGCCAAGAAAACUUUUAGGUCAUUAUAGGCGUAGAUUAUAUUUAUUAUAUAAAGCUCUUUCCAAACACGGUAAAGUUUUUAAAUCAUUUUGGUAGUUUUUCAUUUAGAAUCAUUUGAAAUUUUCGAGUUUUUAAGGGUUUUAUUUGGUUUUAUGUGAUUACAAUUGUUUUGGAAGUUGCAUUUAGUAGAAAAAAGUCCGAGAAUUUUUUUUUUUUUUUAAAGCGCUUUAAGUUUAAAUUUUAACGCAUUUUUAUCAAAUAUAUACCGCUCUUUCAGCGGUGUAUUCUAGGGUUGUUCGAGGGGGAUGAAUAUUUUACUCAACCAAUGUGAAAAUAUAUAUUCAUAUUUAUUUGAACAGUUGUAGAACAUAAGAACCGUGAAAAAACACGACCCACUUUAAACAAACAAUAGAGGAACGCUGAAAUUUCCGUAAAAUUAGUUUAUGUACUCCGUGCCCCUACACCUCUCUCCUAAUUCAAGCACUGGAUAUUCGUUAAAAUCGGAGACGUAGAAACUAAUAUUUAGAAAAUUACAAGGUAUUUUCGUCAUAAUAUUUUAAUCUUAAACUUCUUUGCACUUAUCCCAACUAUUUGGGAUCGACCUCCUUUGUUUUUACAAUAUUUUAAUCAGUUACAAAUAAUUACAAUACAUUAAAAAUGUUUUAUUUAAAUAUUGAAAUUGCAACCCUAGGAAUAAGAGUAGGUAAUGGGUAUAUUAUAUUGAUAUGAAUUACGAUUAUAACGACUAAAAGAUGGUUUUUUUUUUUUUUUUUUUUUUGCCAGGUAUGGUUUCAAAACCGUCGAGCGAAAUUUCGAAAGCAAGAAAGACUGGCCCAACAAAAGUCGUCGCAGUCCAGCAGCAGUAGCACGGUGGACACGACCAACAUAAAAACCGAGCCAAAACAGUGCGGUCAAUCAAAGGACGUCAAGCCUGGCACACCGUCCACGCCGGGCAGCAUAUCAUCCAAUAACGGUUCGACUGACAUGAAAUCGGUCAACGGAUCAGGUAAAAAAAAAAUCCAGUUAUAACAAUGAUAUUAAUUUUUUGUUACAUAAUGCAAUGUGUAAAUAGAACUAAAUAUACGCGAAAAUAUCAAAAUAUAUUAGCUAUCUAAACCUAUAUAUUAUGAUGACCCGUUUAAAUCUAAAAUUAUUUUUGCUGAUAAAAAACAUUUUUUUUUUUUUUUACAUACAUUUUUCGUAAAAAAUCGAAAUAAAAUAUGCAAAACAGAGUUCAUAAUACUUUGACAUAGUUUGAAUGAGUUUUUUUAAAAGUUAAAAGAAAAGACAUUUACUGCAUUUGCUUUUCAUAUUGUUUAAGUUACACUACGAUAGAUAAUAUAAUUUUUUUUUUUAUGAUUUUUACACCCGCAACUAUAAGUUUACAAACCUACUUUUUAAUUGAAACUUUGAAGAAUUUUUUAAAAUAACGAUGGCACUAUUUAAACAACUAUAUAAAGUGUAUAUAAGGUACAUUAGGUGGUAAGUGCAAAACCAAUUAAUCUAUUGAAGGACAAGAAUUUCGGUGGUCAAUAUUAACGGCAUAAACGGUUGUUUCAAAUUCGAUCUACGGAACGGAAUAAGAUCGAAUCGAAUGUCACAAAAUAGUAGGAAUUUUACAGGAGUCCGAAUUUUCGAUUAUUUUCAUCUAUAAAUUUGUUUUUCUUCAUGACUAAUACGAAUUGUUAAUCUACGAAAUUUAAACACAUUAUUAUUAGUAUUAUUUAUAAGAUUUCUAUCUAAAUUUUUGUUGAUUUUUUUUUCGUAAUAUCAAUAAUAAAUAUUGCUAAUGUAUUUGAAUAAAUUUUCUGUUAAUUUGUUGUUAAUUUAUAAAACAGUUUUUGUUUCUCUUGAACAAUUAGAAAAAGUGAAGAUGUCUGGUUGUUGCCGGCCAGGUCUUCAAUUUCUAAAAAUAAUGUAUCUUUUGUGAACAUAGUGUUGUACACUUUUGGACAUAACCGUGGCACUUUAUUUUCCAUCGUCUUAUUUCCGUUACUUAUGAUAACUGGACGUAGAGCCCUAACCUAGAACCUAACUUAUCUUUAGGUAGACAACAAGGAUAUUGGGCUAACUCAGUUACAUAGAAAAUGGAUAUGGUGUAUUUUAGUUCUAAGGUACAGAAUUAAAAAUAUCGGAAAAAGUUCAAUGUUAUACGUGUUAAGGUAGUAAAAUGACAUAUUAUCGGAAAAAAUGAUAUAAAACAGAGAAACACGAACAAAGAUAUUUUUAAAAACAAAUAAAUAACAAGAAAUUUGAUAAUUGACGAACAGAACAAAUCAUGCCAAACAAUCGGGGAAAGGAGGAAAACACGGUUUGGGGGGUAUAGUGCAAAACAAUGAACGGAUAACGACAAUUACGAAAGGAAAGAUUGAUGGAAAAGCAAAAACUCCGUUUAUCUAUUUCAUAAAACACAUAAAUAAAGGCGCGUGUACGAGGGGGGGUAUUUUAGGGGUUUGCCCCCCCCCCGUGUUAUAAAAUAUUGACAUUUUUAAUGGCAAGUAAAUAAUCCUACGGUUGAAAGUGUGCGGACUUCUUUGUUACAAUAGUAUGAAUAUGUAAAACCUUAAACCCCUGCCCCCCUCCCGGCCAAUUUUUUUGUAAACGCACCCGACACGAUGUAUAGGAAAAAUCGCGCAUGCAAACAAUAUUGAAAGUAUCCGCAGCGACGGACGUAGGGACGAGUGGAGGUCCGGUUUAAGAAUUGGAAAAAAAAAAAAAAGUAAAGAAAAAGACAGAAAUGAAUAAUAUCUAACGAGUGGAAUUUUUUCGCUAUUAUGGGUGACAAAUGCGUUUUUCAAUCGGCUACCGGUUGCGCGCGGCCUGUCCCACAAUAAUAAUUCGUAUACGGCUUACUGUAUACGCGGUACACGUCCCGCACGCGGCGCGAUAUGAUAUUCGAGGGGGAACGGGGCGCAACAGGGCGCACCCGUUCUAUGACAAAUGGACGGGACGGCGAUAAGAGAUCGAAAACGUAUAUAACGCGUUGUUUUUUUUUAUCAUAUAAUAAUAACAAUAUAUAUAAUAAUAAAUAUAUUUUCGCGGGCGGACGGCGAGGACCGCGCGGAAUCGAGCGGAGGAAAAAUCGUUUCACCGCAGAGGGGUUGGGUCCGAAACAUGACCGAUCAUUUUCGGGGACGGACGGGAAAUCUGAAGGGUACAAAGACACGCUGCUGCUGCGGCUACGGCGGCGGCGGCGGCAGAGGGCGGACGGACGGACGGACGAGAUUGUAUAGGACGGCGGCGUCGGGAAGACGCGGGACAUCCAAAAAGAAAAAGAUCUCGCGCGUAUGUAUAUAUAUAUAUAUACAUAAGUGUAUAUGCCCUAUGUGUCUAAACAUAUAUAUAUAUAUAUAUAUAUAUAUAUAUAUAUAUAUAUAAUACGUAUGUACAGUAGGCCGACCUCGGCGAGUCAACCCCCUACGCUGUCCGCGUACCUCUCCUCUCCGGCGCGUGUGUGUACGCUCUCCUUCCCCCGAGGCCACGCCCACCACACGCAAACCCGAUGUACGUGUACUAUGUAUAUAAAAUACACGCGCUUACACUGUGCACAUCACGGUUCGCCCUCUGCUGCUGCUGCUGCUGCUGUACACGCCGCGUGUCGUUCGCAUUAAAACGAUCGCUAGCGCGCGCGCGCGCUUGUGUGGUGGACGUGUGCGUGGGUAUGUGUGCGUGUCUCGGACGGAGAGACGUAACGCCGUGACGUUUAAUCUAGAAAAUUGCUGUUGGUUACGUCGUUCGUUUCCAUUAGUGUCAGGCGACCCGUAGGACACAUAUGUACGCGCGUAAACGGCUGCUGCGAAAGUAUACGUAUAUAUAUAUAUAUAUAUAUAUAGUGAUUGUAUAGAUACAUACGUAUACGUAUAUGCGGUAAAUCGUGUGUGUGUGUGUGUGUGUGUGUGUGUGAAAGAUAGAGACAGUGAUAAGGACAAGGGUGAGAAGACGAUCAUUGGCGUUUGCGGAAGGGUGUCGCGGGGUCGCAACGGAAGAAAAAAAAAAUAAUAAAUAAAAGUUCUUACAGAGACGAACGACCGCGGAGGAGCUGGCGGCGGCGGUCGUCGAUGAUCCGCUCUGACAGCGAACAACAAUCCGGCGGCGGCGAUUAAAAGUUAACUAAAAUAAUAGAUUUCCCCUACUACCCGAAAGCGCACCGCGCCGGCCCGUGUGCGCGCGCCCCGGAGAUUAAUCCUCUAGCCGCCCCGUCCCGCGCGCGGAACGUUUUAAAUCACGAGGGCCCCCGCCACGGUUUUAUUUAUCGUCGCCGGCCGAAAAAGGCGGGCGGCGGCCCGAAAUGCGCGUUGAUAAAUCACAGCGCCACCGCGUGCAGUACGCGCGCGCGAUACGUCAUGGCGAGGAGCGAUGCCGGGUUUUCCGAGAAGUCGUUCGACGAACGACGCACAACGUUCGCGCUGUUGUUAACGGAACGCCGGCGGCUGGGCGGGGGUUGGGUGGGCCAUAUGCGUAUAAUAAUAUAUUAAUGUGGCGUUUGGCUCUCGUGCGCUUUCGUCGGACAGGGGGCGCCCCCGCGGUAAACUGCCUCGCGGACGCACGCUUCACCGUCGUCCGUCUACACACGCGGCUCUAAUGUUUAUAUCGAAAAAACAAAAAAAAAUGUACGUCAAUAUUUAUGACGUCGUCAUAUUAUAAUAAUAUUAGAUUCCGAGCGUACCGCAGCCGGGUAUCCAUUGGUUUCGUCGUGGUGCGUGUUUGUUUAUUCGUUAUUGUCUAUGUCUGCGAGCGACGUUACUACACCGGAGCCUCGUUCCAGCGGCGUAGCUAAGAAUUUUUUUUCGGGGGACGAUAUGAAUAUCAAAAUCGUAAAUUCAAUGAAUCACGAAAUUGUAUAUUAAAACUAUAUUAAUUAACCGAACAAAUAUUGAUGCAGUUACAUUAGCGGACGUUUUUUUUUGAAAACGGGAAUAUUUUCAGUAGGUACUAACUUACCUAUCAAUUAGAAAGUCUCUAAAUACGGGACAUUAGAUAACGGACACUUUCUCCAUUUGAAUAGAGGAUACAAUUUUGAAUGACCAAGAGCGUCCAGUGUUUAGAGACUUCACUUUAUCGAUAUUUUAAUCAAUACUGUAACAAGUUACAACAAAAAGAGAAAAAUGGUUCUUGGUUCUACACUUGUUUGGGGGGGGGUGGUGAUGUAUCACCCGAACCACUCACCUUGAGUUCGCUUUUGCCUUGCUGCAAUCAAAACAUGACGAGAGAGACCUUUUUUGUUGCAUUUCGAAUUCAGUUGUGGAGAAAUAUGCCAUUUUUUCGAUUUUUAUUUUCCGGUUUUUUCCCAAUUAUAAUAAAAACCGCUGAAAAAGUCGAAAAAUGUACAACAUAUCAUUUCAUUAUUUUAAAUUUGUACGCUUUGUGCUCUAUCAGAAAUAUAGCUCCAAUCGAUAAACGACAAGAGACCUUUUUUUAUUGUAUUUUUGAUCUAGUCUGUGAGUGAAAGUCGAUUCUUGAUUUAUAUAGUUUUGUUAAUAAUUGAACAAAACCGGGAAAAAAAAACGUAGAAAAAACGGAAAAUUUACAAUUUUGUUUUUUUUUUUUUUUUUUUUUUUUUUUGUAAUUCAAUUAAAAAUAAUGAUAAAUACUUAAAUGUAUGUAUAGAAAGCCUAUAUUCACCUAGACGUGGUCAAGUUGACAAAAUAUUUUUAAGCUAUUUCGUAAUGUUCCGUUGGUAAGUAUACUAUUUGGAUAAAAUUGUUUGACAAAAGAGAAAUGCUUAAAAUUUAACAUUAGUAAGUAGAACUAAGUGGUAAAAAAAAAAACUUGAACUUAAUGUAACAGUUAUUAAUUUCAAUAAGAUCCAAUUUGGCCGAAAAUCGUAAAUAUUACGUCGUUUCAAAACAUGUAUAAAAUAUAACUAUACUUCACUCAGAAUCGUAUUUCGUUAAGAAUGGUUUAUCGUUGUUUAUAGAUAUAAAUUAAAUAAAUUUUUAAACCCUAUCUUCAGAACAUUCCACCUACAACAGUGACCGCAGCCGUCCCAGCAUCAGCUCUUUUUUAUGUUAAAUUUAUUUAUUAAAUAACACAUUAACAUGAAUAAUUUUAGAAAAAGAGCUGAAGAGCUGGGGAUGGGUGCAGCCAUUGUGAUAGGUAGGUAGUUGGGAAAGUUGGAUAUAUAAGGUUCAUUGAAACCGACGAUAAACCAUUGCUGACGAAAAAUGACGCUGAGCAAAGUUUGGUUUUACAUGUUUUUAAAGGCUGUAAUAUUUACAGUUUUCGUUAAACUAUUGAUUUUAAACCUCUAUUAAAAAAAUAUCUAUAUUGUGCCGAAUGUUUUUUAUUAUUUUGACCACUAAGUACGAUUUAUGAGUCCUUUUGACUCCUGUCAAAUUUUUAAAUAUUUCUGUUUAGUCAAUUUUAUCCACAGACUACCUACCAAAUAAAAAUCAAGUUAAACUCGCCAAAUAAAACGUCAAUAAAAAGCUUCGAAAAACUACAAAAAUUAUUUUGAUGAUUUUACCACGUAUAGAAAAAGCAAAUAUAAGUUUUUUGAAAUAAUUUCAAGUCUCUACGAAUGUUUUCAACAACAAAAAAAACAAAAUUAAAAAUAACAAAAUAAUAAUUUUCGUACAUUUUCCCGUUCUUUUUACGUUUGUUUUCGGUUUUUUCUAAUUAAUAAAAAAAACUACCAAGAAAUUAAAAAACGAAUUAUCAUUUACCAACAAGAUUAAAAAUGUAACAAAAAAGGUCUUUUGUAAUUUGUCAGUUGGUUAGAAAGCAUUGAAAUCGGUAAGGUCGUGCCGUAAAUAUUUGUCGGUUUACCUAUAAUUUUCUUUCGGGUUUUUGGCAAUUAUUUCGAAAACCCCUGGGAAAAUUAAAAAUUGACAUCCCCAAUGCAUCAACUAGAGAAAUUCGCAUUUCAGAUAAGAAGCUGCUCUCGAUUUAUCGGAGCGAGUUUUCUUUUCGAAAAGUGGUUUACGGACCGAAAAAAAAACACAUCAUAAUAGUAAAACCAACGGAUCCCCGUUACACUCCGAAUCUAAAAGUUGCAGCGGACAUAAUAAAAUUCGCAUAUUUGGACCGUUGUUUCGGAUUGGUCAUACGCAAGUGCGCGUUUUACCUAACCAUUUUAAUAAACCAUUCGAUGUAGUUCUGAUUCGAUUUUAUACUGUAAUGUUGCUGGGUUCAAUUAUUCAAUCAUUUAAUAUUACUAUAUAAUAUGCCCAAUUAAUUGUAUUAGUUUAAUUAUUCACGUUGACCUAUUUGUUUGUCCAUACAAAGACAUGUAAUUUAAUUAUUUCAAAAAAAAAAAACCAAUAAAUUAUUUUCAGUAAUUAUUACUAAGCAUACUGGUAUACAAACUAUUAGAUGAAAUUUGCCAUCGGAAAUUACGCUCAAGUAGAAAUGGCGCUGCGCGAAAAAAUUUAAAUCCGAAACCAAUCCAAGUCCAAAAAUAUACCAGAUCAUCAUCAACGUAAUCAAAUAAUAGCUUCCGCGAUUUAAUAAUCAGAGAAUUCUUGAGAAAUCGCGUACAUAAUUUUUUUUUUCUCACCUAUUAUUAUUACAAUAAUCAUUAAAUGCACAAUUAAUGUAUAAUAUUACCAAAUUGACCUAGUUAUUAACGAUAAUUUAUAAAUUCGUUAUUUUAAUCAUUUUAGACUCAAAGCGUUUACUAAGAUAUUAUUUAUUAAUAUUUUUUAUUACUUUUUUUUUGUAAACAACUUUUCUACCGGACACAUUUCUCCGGUAUAAAGAGUGCAGUAUCUUUCCUGAAAGGAUAUUUUGAUGUAUUAGAUAAGUCAUUUAUCGAAAUAAUUGGAAAACACCGGAGAGAAAAUUGUAGGUAUACCGGCAAAUAUUUACGAGCUGUCACUGAUGUUGGUGGCCAAUUAAGAAAACAGUAUACAUUUAUUUAAUUUACAUCCGUGCGCAAUGUUAUACCAUUGCUAACAAAAUUUGAUUCUCAGCGAAAUUCGGUUAUACAUAUUUUGAAAUUCCGUAAUUUUUACGUUUUUCGUCAACAUUUGAUCUUAUAACGUUUAUAAAAUACAAACUACUACAUUAUGCUCAACAUUUUUGUUUUUACCUCUAAGUUAUACUUAUAAUAAACCUCGUAUCAAAUGUUCAAGCAUUUAUAUUUGGCUAAACAAUUUUGUCCGUUUAAAUUGAACCAAAAAAAAAAAAAAAAACUUAAAAACCUCAAAAAGUUUAAAUGUCUAUAAAUAGCUAAAAUAUCAGCAGAAUGUUUUGAAAAUUUUACCACGUCUAAAAAAGGUCAAUAUUAGUAUUCUAUGAGAAGAAAAGUUGCAACUCUCGAAAUUUUGAGUAAAGUUUUUGGUAGCAUAAAAAAUUUAAAAAUAAAAAAAAAAAUUAAAUUUGUAUUGCAGUAAAUUUGCUCGGUUUUUCUAACUUAAAGUAUUUCCCAACUAUUAUGAAAACUGCUGGAAAAAUCAAAAAUCACUUCGUCACUGCACCAAAUAGAUCUAAAAUAGCUCUUUAAUCGGUUUUCAAUUAGAACAAGAUUUCUGAUAGAAAUUUUAACAACAAAAAGCAUAAUGAAACCAAUAAAUUGUAGAUUCUGCUCAGAAUCUAAUAAAAUAAAACCGUAAACGAAAUUAAAAAAUUAAAUAGUAAUUUUAUUUUCGAUUUCGAGCUUUAGAAACUUCGAGUUUCCCUAAAUGUGACCAUUUUGUCAUGUAUACAUUUUUUUUUUUUUUGUUUUUUAAAGCAAAUGCGAUAGGCACGGUAUUAAAAUUUACUACCCGACGGUGUACUUAAAGGUUAAAGGGUUAAGAUGAUUUCAGUCGAAGACCAAUGAUUGUGAUAAUAUACGCGGAAUACAUUAAAAAAUGUAUAAGUUGCAAUUUAUGUUUAUGAUUUCAUUGUUUGCUGCUUUUGAGGGGAAGGGGCGAGAGGUCAUUAACCGGCAAAAGUUAUAUGUGUUAAUGUUUUAAAAGAAAAACUCUCUUUAACUGUAUACGUUUUUUGUCAAUGGCGAACGCAGGACAGAUGAAGUUUAAACCCCCUCCGAAAUAUAAACUCUCCUUAAAUUUCUAUUUACAUUUUAAAUAAUACAUUGAGCUACAGCAUAUGUAUAAAAUGUAAUAGAUAUUUGUUGUGAUUCCCACCCUCCCUCCUUCUGAGAUUUGUUCAUGCGUUUUGAUACCCUGUGUUUUGAUAAAAUCGAUUUAUACAAUCCAAUUAGAAUUAUUAUUACGCAUCUCGAUAAUCCUUCGGCACAAUAAUUGUUCUAAAAUAGCGUAAAAUAAGAAUGAUCGUUUUCAGAAUUACCUAUCCGUAUAAUUACGCGAGAUUUAUAGGUACGGUUUUAACGGUAUUUAGAUAUUAUACAAUAUUAUGACGUAUUUGAGUUUAGAAUUUUUUCUCGGAUGAUUUAUAUCGACUAUAUACAAUACAAAUGUACUAUCGAUUAAUAUUAUUAUAAUAUUAUGAAAAUAAUUUAUCACUUUUGGCCAAGUUUUUACUUAUAGAAUAAUAAAUUAUUAACGAUUCGUUUUUGAGGGCGAAGGUAUGAUUAUAGUAUAUAAUAGAGCGGUAUGAGAUCAUCAUUUAAAAAUAGUAAAUGCUUACGUGAUUGCUUUAUUAUUAUUAAUUUUUUUUUUUUUUCAUAAUGUUAAAACAACUGCAAAAUUAUAUUUUAAACAGUUAAGGGGUUUAUUUCUAGAAAAAUAAUUAGUGUAAUAAUAAUGGUAGUAAUUUAUUGUAAUCCGGUAUAAUACCACGAUGUUCGGUUAAUGCCAAAAUAUUAUUAUAGCAUUUAUAAAAAAAUAAUUUUGAUUGGCUUAGUACCGAACAAGACCUUGUCAUUUCAGACGUUAUAAAUUGCAAAUUAUGAUGCCCAUGAUGUGUACGGUUUUUUUUUUUUACGUAGGUAGGUGUGCAACUGUAUACGUAUAGUGUAGGUACACUACAGCUUUAUUGAUGAAUAUUUUACACGCAUCCGUUACAUUUAUAUACAGAGUGGUUUGUAUUUAUGUUUUUUUUUUUUUUUUAAGGAAAUCAUUUUAUGAUGUUUUAGUCGCAAUAUAAUUUUGUCUUUUACCUACUUCUUAUUGGUUUGAAAUUCUUGACAUUGAAAAAUAUUAAAAUUAUUUUUUUUUAGAUUUUGAGUGAAGCAAAGAAGCUUAUAGUUUUACAAAGAUGUUUUUUUUUUUUUUACUGUGGACAGUUUUUCAAUCGGAAAUCUUGCUCCGAUUUACAAGUGUAGCACUCUUUCUGGAAGGAAAUCGAACUGAGGAGGUACUUUAAGGAAGUCAUUUUUUGAUUUUCUCACGAGUUUUCCCAAUAAAUGUGGAAACCGGGAAAAAAAUGUAGGAGAAACGGGAAAAUAGGUACAAUAUUAAACAAAUAUUAUUAAAAAAAAAUAUAUAAUGGUUAUGUAAUUAUUUUACCGUAAUAAUAUGACCGAUAAAUAAAUAAUAAACUGAACCGUUUUUUCGUUAGCAAUGGUUUGUCGUUGCUUACUGAUAUACAUUAAAUUUCCCCUCUACUACCUUCCCAACUUCUCACCUACAAUAAUGGCCCGCCCACGGGUGAAGUUGUCCGACUAUUUGUUUCUUAUUCUGAAAUGUUAUACUAUUCAACGACAACCCUUAAUUUUAAUUUUCUAAUGGAAUACAAAUACAAUUUUCCCGUACCAAAAUUUGAUUUACAAUUAAUGUACAUUCAAGGAUCCAAGCAUUUAAAAUUAUUUGUAUUAUUUUUAUUACAAAAGUAUUCCAAAGUGCCUAUCAUUUAUGUUCAGUAUUUAUUAUUCAACAUAACCAAUAUUUCAACAAGACAUUAUGUGUCUACAAAUAAUUUUCGAAUUUUAUUCAACAUCAUUUAUCUUUAAAAAAUAUGUUGUUAACUAUAGGUAUAAUUUAAAAGAAAAAAAAAAAACUACACGCCAUUUACCUAUGUAUACUCUAAAAACAUCCUGUAUAUUAUUAGCUUUAUAAUACUUAGUAUUAAGUCGUCACAUUACACAUGCAGCGCAUCGUGGCAUUUUAAAAUGAAACGGACUAGGUUUAAGCAUUUUAUGAUGCCUUUAAUAAUAAUAAAAAAAUAUACGCGUUAUAAAUAUAUUUAAUUGACUAACAUAAAAAACAAUUACCUACGUAAAUUUAAUGUCGGACGUAUCAAUGUGUGUGUGUGUGUGUGUGUGUGUAAUUAUAGUGGAGUAGGUAUAUUUAACAUGCUGAAUUGCUGAUGCAAUUUUUUCCCGUUAGUACAAAAAAAAAUAUCCAAUAAUUUACAACAAACGUAAUGAAAUAUUAUGUUUAUGAAGACACAACUUAAGUACGCAUGCUACAUAAAAAAAAUCAUGCGAUUAAAUAGUGUCACUAGGGUAAUUUACAAAGAACUUGGACAUUAUUCCGAUUUCCUGCAUAUCAUAAUUAUUUUGCACUAGCCGUUAAAUUAUGUGUAAGAUGCCUUUCAUGCGUGCAUUAAAGCAUUGCAGCGUUCAGUACGCGUUCUGCCACACGUCAAAAAUUAAAAAUAUUACCACGCCACACGUCAGUGAUGAGAUGAAAGGAAAUUAAUAUAUAUCUUAUAUUAAUUAAUAAAUAUUAAGAUAUAUCUCUCUUUUUUCAUUCCAAAAUCAACUAUGUAUAUAAUAUACGACUUCUGAGUGAAGCGAUGAGGAAUGUAUUUGUUUUACUGUAAUGAUGUUUUGUUUUUUUUUUUAUUCUGUGUACAAAAUUUCCACUAAAAAUCUUUUGUUCUCUCAGCUCCGAUGUACUGAGGGUAUCAUCUUUUCUGAAAGGAAAUUUUAUUUAGUCGGUACAUUGAGAGGGUCAUUUGAUUUUCCAAACAGUUUUCAUAAUAGUCGGGAGAAACCGGGAAAAUACGUAGGAAUAACAGGAAAAUUUACGAAAAUAAUGCUUUUAUGAUUUUCGACUUUGUUUUUUUUUCACACAAUUCAACUAUAAUAAUUCGCAGAGACUUGAAAUUUUAACAGAAAAAUUAUAUUUGCUUUUUUUGACGUGGUCAAAUUUUCAAAACACUUGAGACAUUUUUGAGCUUAUUCGGUAAUUAUUAAUUUUUAUUCGGUAGGUAUUGAGUGAAUACAAUUGUUAAACAAAACAGAAAUGCUUGAAAUCUGGAAUUAAUUGUUGCGUACAGGUUUACAUUAAACUCCCCUGUAUAUCCCCCUACCUUUCCAACUUUUUACCUACAGCAGUGGCCCAUCCAUCAUGCGAAGUAUAUCCAUUUUUUUCUUCAAUUUAAAUGUUUAACUUUCUAGGCAGAAAAAUCAAAAAUUUUUCACACACAAUUAAUAUUAAUAUACCCGCAAAAUCUGAAAGUAUACUCGUACAAUACAUUUCUUCGUUUAAAAUGACUCAUCAGAACCACCAGAUGAGUAGGUAUAGAUUAUUAUUCAUAGUGGGAGUGGGUGUUUGACCUAAUUAUUUGUAAUACGAUUGAAUUGGGAGUUGAAAAAAGAUUGAACUCCUCCUGUAGUUAUUUUGAACGGCAGGGGAGAGGGGGGUAACCCCCAUUACCUACGCUCCCGGGAACCACACUUAUAAAUUAAAUUAGAUUAGUAGGUACAUUAGUUGAUUUAUUCUAUUACAAGUGUAGUUAUUUUUUUUUAAUUUUAUGUGGACUAAUUUAAAAAAUAAGGAAAUAUUAUAAAUAUGGGAGAAUUUUAAAAUUCAACAUCUCUCUCCUUGAUAAAAUCCUAACAUGUACACCAUCGCAUUCAUGUAUACCGAUAGCACGAAAAUUUACUAAACCGCCCUAACCUAUUUAGAAUCACGAACAUCAAUGGCAAAAAAUAAUUUUGAUAUUUCGAACACGUUUCGCGUUUUUUUUUUGUGUUUUCAGGGAUCAAAAUGUCGGAACAGUCCGAAGGAGUGAACAACAACAAAUGGCUAUUAGGCCAGGGUCAGAACUACACGCAACUGCAUCACCAGUUGCAGCAACAGUGCGGCGGCGGCGGUGGCGGCGGUGGUGGCGGCGGCGGUGCGAACGGUGGAGGCAACGGGUCGGGAAAUAAUUCGCCGGCGCACAAGAUGAACGGCGGCGGCGCGCACAAUCACAAUCACCAUCAUCACCACCAUUCGCCGUCGCAUCACCAGCAGUUCUCUCACCAUCCGUUCAGCCUGCUGGGUGCCGCCGGUCCGGCCGGCUACCUGCUCGGUUCCGACACGCUCAAGGUAACCGGCGGCGGCGUGGGCACCGGGCCGACCGGCUCCAAUCACGUGCUGUUUUGAGCGCACGGCGGCCAACAAUCGCCGCCCGUAAUGCUACGACAACGUGCGUACGCACGGUCCGCACCGCGACGGUUGUGUAA